AUGGCCUGCAGAAACCUGGUCUCCCCCAACAUGGGGGUGAGGUUCAGGAUGCCCUUACAGAAGCUGCACCCUCUGUCUCGUGCCAUCCACCACCGGUACAACGCCAGUGCCAAUCCCCCGCACCGCUCGGCAGCCCGCCACUUCACCUCCAUGUCCCGGCUGCCCAUGCAGCCCCCCAAGCCUCCCCCGGGCAGCCAUGGCGGCUGGCGCUACCAGCAGCACCGCAACUUCUGGAUGCUCCGCCUGGCCUCCAGGCUGCUCAAGCUCCGGUACAUUGUGCUGGGCUCAGCAGUGGGAGGCGGGUACACUGCUAAAAAGGUACAGUACAUUUGAGGUAGAGGAGAGUGCGUUGAACGUUAACGGCCAGACAUACACUACCGGUCAAAAGUCUUAGAAAACCUACUCAUUCAAGGGUUUUUCUUUAUUUCUACUAUUUUCUACAUUGUAGAAUAAUAGUGACGAUGUCAAAACUAUGAAAUAACACAUUUGGAAUCAUGUAGUAACAAAAAAAGUGUUAAACAAAAUAUAUUUGAGAUUCUUCAAAUAGCCACCCUUUGCCUUGAUGACAGCUUUGCACACUCUUGGCAUAUCUCUCAAAUCUAGAUACCAGUUGGCACUCUGACCUCUAAUUGGCUUGACCUGCUUGGUAAGAGCAGUGAGAGUAACGAACACACAGAUAAAGUGGUUUACUACCAUUCACACUGUGCUUACGCUAUAUUGGCUUUGAGUGCUGCUUUUCUAAUCCUAAUGUACGAGUCCACCUACUUACCUCCACUCCCAGUGGAACAGAGGUGAAUUGCUCUACAUUUGACUGCCGCUCUGCUAGGGUGUGUGUUUAUGCCAGACUGCCAGCACAGAUGAGAUUCCCUUAUGAGCUGGUUAUCUCAAACCCCUUUCACUAUAUGGUCCAGGUUUACAUAUGAUUCUUGUAUAGGCUAGAUGUGUCUAGUCUCCCCUCACACUUCUUCUCUUUUUAACCCAGACUCAUUCAAGAUAGAGGAAAACACAAGGGUCCUUUUACCUAAGAGUUAACCCUUUCAUGUCACUUAGAAUGGGAAAUACAGUGCAUUUAGAAAGUAUAAAGGCCCCUUGACUUUUUCCACAUUUUGUUACGUUACAGCCUUAUUCUAAAAUGGAUUAAAUCGUUUUUUCCCCCUCAUCAAUUUACACACAAUACCCCAUAAUGACAAAGCAAAAACAGGUUUUUAGGAUUUCUUGCAAAAAAAAUAAAAAAACGAAAUAUCACAUUUACAUAAGUAUUCAGACCCUUUACUCAGUACUUUGUUGAAGCACCUUUGGCAGCGAUUACAGCAUCGAGUCUUCUUAGGUAUGAUGCUACAAGCUUGACACACCUGUAUUUGGGGAGUUUCUCCCAUUCUUCUCUGCAGAUCCUCUCAAGCUCUGUCAGGUUGGAUGGGGAGUGUCGCUGCACAGCUAUUUUCAGGUCUCCAGAGAUGUUCGAUUGGGUUCAAGUCCGUGCUCUGGCUGGGCCACUGAAAGACAUUCAGAGACUUGUCCCGAAGCUACUCCUGCGUUGUCUAGACUGUGUGCUUAGGGUCGUUGAUCUGUUGGAAGGUGAACCUUUGCCCCAGUCUGAGGUCCUGAGCGCUCUGGAGUAGGUUUUCAUUGAGGAUCUCUCUGUACUUUGUUCCGUUCAUCUUUCCCUCGAUCCUGACUAGUCUCCCAUUCCCUGCCGCUGAAAAACAUCCCCACAGCAUGAUGCUGCCAACACCAUGGUUCACUGUAGGGAUGCUGCCAAGUUUCUUCCAGACGCGAUGCUUGGCAUUCAGGCCAUAGAGUUCAAUCUUGGUUUCAUCAUACCAGAGAUUCUUAUUUUUCAUGGUCUGAGAGUCCUUUAGGUGCCUUUUGGCAAAUGUGAUGUCAGGUGCCUUAAACUGAGGAGUGGCUUCCGUCUGGCCACUCUAUCAUAAAGGCUUGAUUGGUGGAGGGCUGCAGAGAUGGUUGUCCUUCUGGAAGGUUCUCCCAUCUCCACAGGGGAACUCUGGAGCUCUGUCAGAGUGACCAUCGGGUUCUUGGUCACCUCCUUGACCAAGGCCUUAAUCCCCCGAUUGCUCAUUUUGGUCGGGCGGCCAGCUCUAGCAAGAGUCUUGGUGAUUCCAAACUUCUUCCAUUUAAGAAUGAUGGAGGCCACUUGGUUCUUGGGGACCUUCAAUGCUGCAGAACUUUUAUGUUACCCUUCCCCAGAUCUGUGCCUCGACACAAUCCUGUCUCGGAGCUCUUGGUUUUUGCUCUGACGUGCACUGUCAACUGUGGGACCUUAUAUAGACAGGUGUGUCUUUCCAAAUCAUGUCCAAUCACUUGAAUUUACCACAGGUGGACUCCAAUCAAGGAUGAUCAAUGGAAACAGGAUGCACCUGAGCUCAAUUUCGAGUCUCAUAGCAAAGGGUCUGAAUACUUAUAUAAAUAUUUUAUUUUCUAAAAACCUGUUUUCACUUUGUCAUUACGUGGUAUUGUGUGUAGAUUGAUGAGGGAAAAUAUGUAUGUAAUCCAUUUUAGAAUAAUGCUGUAACGUAACAAAAUGUGGAAAAGGGAAGGGGUCUGAAUACUUUCCGAAUGCACUGUAUGUCCAAUUGUUGUGCCCUAAUCCAUCCCUUGAAAUAUUGUUGUUGUUAAUCUUUAACUGAGGUAUUUUUUUUGUCCCAUUUAAAAUUGUAAAUUGACCAUGUGAUUGAAAUGCCACUUCUGUUCUGUUCUUCCAGACCUAUGAGGAAUGGAAGGAUAUGCUGCCUGAUAUGAGUGAAUACAAUUGGGUAAUACCUGAUUUCUUCUGGGAGCUGAGUAAACACAUUGACCUAGGUAAGAUUUUUUUUCUGGAUCAAAAUGGGGCUUAGGUGGUGGGCGUGGCCCUCCUUUCUACUCAACGGAAAAUUUAGUGGCCCUACUUUCUACUCAACAGAAAAUUUAGUGGCCCUCCUUUCUACACAAUGGAACAUUUAGUGGCCCUCCUUUCUACACAACGGAACAUUUAGUGGCCCUCCUUUCUACACAACGGAACAUUUAGUGGCCCUCCUUUCUACUCAACGGAAAAUGUAGUAGCCCUUCUUUCUACACAAUGGAAAAUUUAGUGGCCCUCCUUUCUACUCAACUGAAAAUUUAGUGGCCCUCCUUUCUACUCAACUGCAAAUUUAGUAGCCCUUCUUUCUACACAAUGGAACAUUUAGUGGCCCUCCUUUCUACACAAUGGAAAAUUUAGUGGCCCUUCUUUCUACACAUUUUUCCAUGGCUUAUUCCAUGUUCUUAUGCUAUCUGGGUAACUCAAAACAUUAUAACAAAGUCAGUGGGGGCCCCAUGCCAUAACAAAAAAACUUCUGAAUGCAUAAUUUUCUGGAAUUUUAGAUUCUCCCUGACUUUAUAGCUAUAUUUCGGUGAUUGUUAGUUCUCAAAGAUGAUCUUAUUAAAAUAUAUAGAUCCGUUGUCAUUUUAUUAAAUUUUUUUUUACAUACUUUGUAUCUGUUUCACUUUACACUUAAAAUGUUUUUCAAUGCCGAAAAAUUAUUUGUAUUUGUUUUACUGUUUGGAUUUAGGCGGCCUGAAAAAAAAACAUUUAUGCAGAAAACCCCCUACAUGAAAUGACUCAUUAGAAGCCUAUGAACUUGAAAUUCUGAUAUAGAUUUACCACUGUUAAAUAACUUGUCAUGUUGGUUUAUUUCCUGUCAAUCAGUGAAGUGUGUGGUUAAUCUGAUGUGAAUUGGAUGUAGUACACUGCUCCAAAAAAUUAAGGGAACACUAAAAUAACACAUCCUAGAUCUGAAUGAAUGAAAUCAUCUUAUUAAAUACUUUUUUCUUUACAUAGUUGAAUGUGCUGAAAACAAAAUCACACAAAAAUUAUAAAUGGAAAUCAAAUGUAUCAACCCAUGGAGGUCUGGAUUUGGAGUCACCCUCAAAAUUAAAGUGGAAAACCACACUACAGGCUGAUCCAACUUUGAUGUAAUGUCCUUAAAAGAAGUCAAAAUGAGGCUCAGUAGUGUGUGUGGCCUCCACGUGCCUGUAUGACCUCCCUACAACGCCUGGGCAUGCUCCUGAUGAGGUGGCGGAUGGUCUCCUGAGGGAUCUCCUCCCAGACCUGGACUAAAGCAUCCGCCAACUCCUGGACAGUCUGUGGUGCAACGUGGCGUUGGUGGAUGGAGCGAGACAUGAUGUCCCAGAUGUGCUCAAUUGGAUUCAGGUCUGGGGAACGGGCGGGCCAGUCCAUAGCAUCAAUGCCUUCCUCUUGCAGGAACUGCUGACACACUCCAGCCACAUGAGGUCUAGCAUUGUCUUGCAUUAGGAGGAACCCAGGGCCAACCGCACCAGCAUAUGGUCUCACAAGGGGUCUGAGGAUCUCAUCUCGAUACCUAAUGGCAGUCAGGCUACCUCUGGCGAGCACAUGGAGGGCUGUGCGGCCCCCCCAAAGAAAUGCCACCCCACACCAUGACUGACCCACCGCCAAACUGGUCAUGCUGGAGGAUGUUGCAGGCAGCAGAAUGUUCUCCACGGCAUCUCCAGACUCUGUCACGUCUGUCACGUGCUUUCAUCUGUGAAGAGCACAGGGCGCCAGUGGCGAAUUUGCCAAUCUUGGUGUUCUCUGGCAAAUGCCAAAUGUCCUGCACGGUGUUGGGCUGUAAGCACAACUCCCACCUGUGGACGUCGGGCCCUCAUACCACCCUCAUGGAGUCUGUUUCUGACCGUUUGAGUAGACACAUGCACAUUUGUGGCCUGCUGGAGGUCAUUUUGCAGGGCUCUGGCAGUGCUCCUCCUGCUCCUCCUUGCACAAAGGCGGAGGUAGCAGUCCUGCUGCUGGGUUGUUGCCCUCCUACGGCCUCCUCCACGUCUCCUGAUGUACUGGCCUGUCUCCUGGUAGUGCCUCCAUGCUCUGGACACUACGCUGACAGACACAGCAAACCUUCUUGCCACAGCUCGCAUUGAUGUGCCAUCCUGGAUGAGCUGCACUACCUGAGCCACUUGUGUGGGUUGUAGACUCCGUCUCAUGCUACCACUAGAGUGAAAGCACCGCCAGCAUUCAAAAGUGACCAAAACAUCAGCCAGGAAGCAUAGGAACUGAGAAGUGGUCUGUGGUCACCAACUGCAUAACCACUCCUUUAUUGGGGGUGUCUUGCUAAUUGCCUAUAAUUUCCACCUGUUGUCUAUUCCAUUUGCACAACAGCAUGUGAAAUGUAUUGUCAAUCAGUGUUGCUUCCUAAGUGGACAGUUUGAUUUCACAGAAGUGUGAUUGACUUGGAGUUACAUUGUGUUGUUUAAGUGUUCCCUUUAUUUUUUUGAGCAGUGUAUUUGGGCUGAGCCAGUGCUGUCUUUCUGUUAAGGCUGCUUAGUUCGUUUGUUUCAUUUGAUUCUCAUGUUCAAAGGGUAAACUCCACCUACCCUAUCGCACUUCUCUUCUGCACACAGAUAAACUAACCAAAGUGCUGCCUGAGUUGGAGGAGAUUGCCAAGCUGCUACCCGAGUUACCUGACUUAGAUAAGAUAGGAGAGAACGUCACCUUCCUCAAAAGCAUUCUCUUCACCGGUGAGUACAGGCUUUUUGGAGGCUAUGUCAGACAAAGCAGGUCAUCCAUUUUUUUAGGCCAGGAUUGUAUCUUUUUUUGAACAAGUGGCAAAAGUGAUAAAUAAACAUCUUGAGUUUUGAACCCAGAAUAGCUAUAGCAGCUGCUUCAAGUGGUAGAAAAUCACAGUUGACGUCAUUGGUAAUCUGAACUUGAAGUGGGCUUCUUUUUGUUGAUUCAUACCUGCAUUACCCAGCAAUCUACCCUCAUACUUUCCAGCAAAAAAAGGGGUUUCGCUAACAAGUUGCAAUCACUUUUCACUUUCCCGAUUAGCUAUCCUGCAUUUUUAGUAGUAUCACAAUAACGUGCCCGGAUUGCACACGUUGCCAAUGGUAUCCAACUCCGUACUUGCAGCACGCAGCCAUGACAACAAGCUCACAGCAGGGCCUUGAAACAUGUCUCCAGCAGUGACCUCUGACCCCUUUGCUUCGGUCUUUUGAUUUGUUUUGUGUUCUUCCUUCCUCCCCUCCCCUCCCUCCCCUCUGCAUUCUUCACAGGUGUUGGUAGUAAAGGAGCUUCUGGUCAGAGUCUGUUGUUAGGUGUGUACCCCCCCACACUCAGUCCCCCCCUCUCCGCCCUGGUGCUGUUUGAAUACCCAGCAUUGGUGUGUAUGCGGCAGCACCCUUGCAGACCUGUUUAGCAGUGGUUUGGAGCCGAAGACGAUGUCAAGUGUUCCUGGAUGGGGACCUCCAAAUCCAACACGAAAUUGCGUUCCAGACUACCAACUCAUUGUCUUUAUUCAAUGCUGCUGUUGUUUGAGACACCAAUGACACAUGAUUGAUGGAAGGAUUGUUUUUUUUGGGUGGAGACAAUACCAGAGUGUGCUAUGAUUGACAUAAAGGCUUUCAUUGAUGUAGAGGAUUUAUCCUUAUGUCAUAUUAUUGAUAUCAGAAGGGUGUAGAGAUGGACAUUUUGUUCACUGUCUAAUUAUGUAAUCGAAUUCCUCUGAAAACCAAAAUUGACAACUGAAUUGGACAUACUUCGAUUGGAUUGAAUUGGUCUACAGUCUUGUGUUCUACAGUGGUCUUAACAACAGAUCCAGUGCUUUAUCUCCUGCCUUCGCUUUGGUUUCAUCUGACUGGCUUUUGUCACUUUUCCUGCUUGUGUGUUUUUGCCUUCUUUUGGUUUACAAGUUCCUCCUCGCUCUCCCUGGCUUCCCUAGCUCUCCCUGGCUUCCCUGGCUCUCCCUGGCUUCCCUCGCUUUCCCUGGCUUCCCUGGCUCUCCCUGGCUUCCCUGGCUCUCCCUGGCUUCCCUGGCUCUCCCUGGAUUCCCUGGCUCUCCCUGGCUUCCCUGGCUCUCCCUGGCUUCCCUGGCUCUCCCUGGCUUCCCUGGCUCUCCCUGGCUUCCCUGGCUCUCCCUGGCUUCCCUGGCCUCUUUGGUCUCUCUCCCCCUGUACUUACAUUAUGGGAGGCUAGUCCUUGUCUUAGAGGGCUCUCCUUAUCUGCUGGUAGCUGAUGCCUCUCAAAUGUUUGGAAGAUACAUCUCUCUAUGAGAGAUGGAAACACCUUGAACUCCAUCCAUCCAUACCUCUUCUUUGACUUGCUAAAACAAUAGGUGUAUUCCUGGGUUGUGUCGCAAGUGGCACCCUAUUCCCCAUAGGGCACUUCUGGUCACAAGGCCCAUAGGGCACUAUAUAGGAAAUGUAGGGCACUAUGUAGGGAAUAGGGUGCCAUUUGGGACAUAGUCCUGUACUGUAGUUGUGAGGCUUGUUAUUGACAGGUCUUUCAUUGGCUGGAUGAAGGAUUGUUGUUCCAUGACAUUCUCAAGGGCAGUGUAUAAAUAUGUACAAAGUUAAUGUUUUGCUACGGGUCCAGCUGGCUCUGUAGCAUGUCCCAAUGCCACGCUGUGUUGUACAGGAGAGAAACAAACCAAGUCUUUCAUAACAGUACUGUAUAAGGUUUAGCCGAUUUGACGGCAAUUAAUUAAUUAUUUCAUUGUCAUUAUUUUAUAGUACCAUAUCAGACAUAACUGGUCGGAGAUCCAAUGAAAAGCACAAGCUCCCAAAUGUUAUUGUGAGCAAUAUUUUCCAAACCUUUGAGAUUCCAUCACGUGGGUGCUGCUUCUGAUCUGGGGCAUAUACACUAGAUAGAGUCCUCUCUAAUGUUGGGCAUGCCAAUACAUUUGACUCAUUAUUGUUUUUUGCUAAUAAACUAUUAUCGAUGAUGUGUAAUCAUGUGUGGGUAACCUUAUGAUUUUUGUCAUGUGUUACGCUGUUUUUGUCUCCUUGCAGAAGCCCCUGGGGACACUCCAGUGAAAUCUGCCACAGAGGCCCCAGUCACGUCCACACCAGAGGCCAGCGGCAAGCAGUUUAAGAAGGUAAGUCUGCUCUGCACCGCCUGACUAGCUCACCCUCGCUCCCUGUGGCAUAUAGCUUGGCCUCCUCAUCAGUAAACUACUGCAUUUUGGAGUUUGCAGUUUGGGUCAAUGGCAAUGCCAUUUCAGCUCCAGUCAAUUUGUGAAAUGAAGUGAAAUUCAGGUCUUGAGUCUAAAACUCCUAGAGGUAAAGCGUUGUUUUUCAGGUCAUUAACUGAAUUUCACAUCAUUUUUACUGGGCUGAGUUUGGGAUUGACCACAGUCCUGGCUGACUACCUAUACAGUGCAUUUGGAAAUUAUUCAGACCCCUUGACUUUUUCCACAUUUUGUUAUGUUACAGCCUUAUUCUAAAAUGGAUUAAAUAAAUAUGUUUCCUCAUCAAACUACACACAAUACCCCAUAAUGGCAAAGGGAAAACAGGUUUUAGAAAUUUUAGCAAAUGUAUAAAAAAACUGAAAUACCUUAUUUACAUAAGUAUUCAGACCCUUUGCUAUGAAACUCAAAAUGGAGCUCAGGUGCAUCCUGUUUCCAUUGAUCAUCCUUGAGAUGUUUCUACAACUUGAUUGGAGUCCACCUGUGGUAAAUUCAAUUGAUUGGACAUGAUUUAGAAAGGCACACCUGUCUAUAUAUGGUCCCUCAGUUGACAGUGCAUGUCAGAGCAAAAACCAAGCCAUGAGGUCGAAGGAAUUAUCCGUAGAGCUCCGAGACAGGAUUGUGUCGAGGCACAGAUCAGGGGAAGGGUACAAAAACAUUUCUGCAGCAUUGAAGGUCCCCAAGAACACAGUGGCCUCCAUCAUUUUUAAAUGGAAGAAGUUUGAAACCACCAAGACUCUUCCUAGAGCUGGACGUCCAGCCAAACUAAGCAAUCGGGGGAGAAGGGCCUUGGUCAGGGAGGUGACCAAGAACCCGAUGGUCACUCUGACAGAGCUCCAGCGUUCCUCUGUGGAAAUUGAAGAACCUUCCAGAAGGACAACCAUCUCUGCAGCCCUCCACCAAUCAGGCCUUUAUGGUAGAGUGGCUAGACGGAAGCCACUCUUCAGUAAAAGGCACAUGACAGGCCGCUUGGAGUUUGCCAAAAGGCACCUAAAGGACAUGAGAAACAAGUUUCUUUAGUCUGAUGAAACCAAGAUUGAACUCUUUGGCCUGAAUGCCAAGUGUCACUUCUGGAGGAAAUGUUACACUAUCCCUACAGUGAAGCAUGGUGGUGGCAGCAUCAUUGGGGAUGUUUUUCAGCGGCAGGGACUGGGAGACUAGUCAGGAUCGAGGGAAAGAUGAACAGAGAAAUCCUUGAUGAUACCCUGCUCCAGAGCGCUCAGGUCCUCAGACUGGGGCAAAGGUUCACCUUCCAACAGGACAACGACCCUAAGCACACAGCCAAGACAACGCAGGAGUGGCUUCGGGACGAGUCUCUAAAUGUCCUUGAGUUGCCCGGACUAGAACCCGAUCGAACAUCUCUGGAGAGACCUGAAAAUAGCUGUGCAGCGACGCUCCCCAUCCAACCUAACAGAGCUUGAGAGGAUCUGCAGAGAAGAAUGGGAGAAACUUUGUAACUUAAUACAUCCGAUAGUAAGCACCAAGCUCUGUUGACAGUGGUGCAGCUUUAUAAUAAUAAUAAUAAUAAUAAUAUGCCAUUUAGCAGACGCUUUUAUCCAAAGUGACUUACAGUCAUGCGUGCAUACAUUUUUGUGUAUGGGUGGUCCCGGGGAUCGAACCCACUACCUUGGCGUUACAAGCGCCGUGCUCUACCAGCUGAGCUACAGAGGACCACCGCUUUCUCGCAGCUACUUUUGAGGAUUUUACAUGUGGUGGUGGUCGUCUUCAAAGCUGUUUCUGCGGUUCGCAAAAUUAGCAUCACACUAGCUGAAUAAAAUGUAAAAGGCUUUGAAAUUUAAAAGCUUGUACAAUCAAUGCUCCGUUGACAUUUCAGAGAUACGCUUGUUUUUGUGUGAAAUCUCAGAAAAAUAACAGAAAUUUCUAAUUAAUAUGAAAAGUGUAUACAAAAAUGUAAUGUCUCAAAAUCGAUAUCUAUCUUACCUCUAUAUUGUUUUAUGACCUACGGAUUCGAGAAGAAACAUGACGAGUUCAACGGGAAAGUGAGCCUGUCAGGUAGCCUUUAUUCUUGCACAGAAUCCAGCUUAGCUGACACGAUGCUGUGCAGUUUUCCUUAUUUUGGGAGUACAACGCUGUGUACUACUCCCUUCACAGAACAGCGCAAACUGGCUCUAACCAGAAUAGAAAGAGGAGUGGGAGGCCCUGGUGCACAACUGAGCAAGAGGACAAAUACAUUAGUGUCUAGUUUGAGAAAUAGGUGCCUCACAGGUCCUCAACUGGCAGCUUAAUUAAAUAGUACCCUCAAAACACCAGUCUCAACGUCAACAGUGAAGAGGCGACUCUGGGAUGCUGACCUUUUAGGCAGAGUUGCAAAGAAAAAGUCCCCAUGUUCAGUGGAAUAGUCCUGCUACUCAAGUGAGGAAUUUUUUUAAAAGUCUAAAGCAGUGGUCCCUAACAUGGAAAAACACUAUCAUAGACCAACGUGAUUCCUGGGUUGGGGUCAAUUCAGUCUCAACUCAAUGUUUUUUAAAUAUUAAAUUAAUGAAUUUGUAAUGGAUUUAUUUAUUUAUUAAUUACCUGAAUGGACUGAGGUAAAACAGACCCCAACCCUGCUUCAUAGUUCUGGAAAGUCUCUCAAUAUAACAGUUGCCUCAGUUUUUGGAUGUACAUUGGGCAGCUAAAGCCAAGGGAGAGGGAAGAGUUGGGGACCAUUGGGCUGUGGCUUUACUCAUCUCCCCCUGGCCUGCAGCAAGCUUUCUGCUCAUCUCCCCCUGGCCUGCAGCAAGCUCUCUGCUCAUCUCCCCCUGGCCUGCAGCAAGCUCUCUGCUCAUCUCCCCCUGGCCUGCAGCAAGCUCUCUGCUCAUCUCCCCCUGGCCUGCAGCAAGCUUUCUGCUCAUCUCCCCCUGGCCUGCAGCAAGCUUUCUGCUCAUCUCCCCCUGGCCUGCAGCAAGCUUUCUGCUCAUCUCCCCCUGGCCUGCAGCAAGCUCUCUGCUCAUCUCCCCCUGGCCUGCAGCAAGCUUUCUGCUCAUCUCCCCCUGGCCUGCAGCAAGCUUUCUGCUCAUCUCCCCCUGGCCUGGUACAGUAACUUUCCCAAAUUUCCCAGGUUUUCCAGAAAUCGUGUUUGGAGGAUUCAUAGAUUUCCUGCUUAUUCCCUCUUGAUUCCAGAAAAUCUUCCAACUGGGAUUUCUGGAAAACCUAGGGAUUUUGGGAAAGUUACCUGAAUUUUGAAACCCUCUUCCCAGCGCAGCUUGCUUCGUUUAUCAUCAGGCUGAUUUUAACAGAUAUAAUUGUAUGAUUCUGACCCAAAUCCCACAUUUUUAUGGUGAUUGUAUUACGUGUUUUGAAUAUAAGGAAUAAUUUGUUAUAGUUUAUCCACAUUCAAUAAUGUAUCCACAUCUACAUUAUCCUUAAGCCUGUUGAAUAUUAAGAGUUUUCAUGUGUCAUAUUUUCAUUGCCUCUUAUAGCAUGAUCAUUGUGUAAGUUGGAGGACAUCAGUUGUGUUUUAGUAUUACUAUAAAAACCAAAGUAAUGGUCACUAUGGAAUACUGCUCAGAAACCGUACAGAAUCUUACCCCUGUGUGCCACUGGCUGAGAGACACUGGUUGUGGUAUCAGUUGCCUCAUCCGCUUUCAGUCUCCGGACUGGCUAAGUCUGUUCUGGAGUCUCUGUGACAGAGAAAGUCUGACUGUUGGGUACCGCUGAUGGUGGCAAGACCUAGACAUGGAUUCAGUUUCCCCCGAGCCUUGACAGAAUGGUGACCAGAGGUCCUAUGAUGAUGACGACUCUGUGGGCAUAGACGACUCCAUGUCUAUCUAUCUAUAGGUCAGCCCUGGCUUCAGCUCCAGCCUGGUUGGUUGGUCAGUGUGUUGCUUGAAUGAUGGGUACAGUAUGUUGUGUUGACGGCUGUGUUGCUCCUGCUUCUCUCUCACUGUGACGUCCCUCAGGGUCUGCUCGACGAGCUCAUUCUCAUUCAGCAGCAGAUCCAGCAGGCCGAGGAGGUCGUCUGGCGGGCCUCCGCAGCCGAUAACGCACAGCCAAGCCCAGAGCCCGCCCCCAGCCCACCCCCGCGCCUUCCUCCACCACCACCACCACCUCUGAGCCCGCCCCCGCGCCAGAUACCCGAGCCAAUGCCAGCCACCGCCCCGAACCCCAGCCCCAGCCCCCCUCGGCAGAAACGCAAGGUGAAGGUCCUACCCACCCUGCCCCCCACCAGCACCCAGCACUCAUCCGUAGAAGCCCCCUUCAGUACGUAAACAGUAGAACCGCACCCAAACCCACCUACCCUCCUCAGGAAGGACAAACCCCCUGCCGUUCAAAUUCACGCUAACGGAAAUUUGCCGGGUAAUUCUAUAAGGAAUACUGUUGAUGAGAUUGGUGGAUGAAAUUGCUAUUGUCAUAUGUCGUUUGGAUUGGUACCAUUGAGCAAGCCUAGAGCUCCUUCCUAGCUCACAUAUCCUAUGAAAAGUGGACAAGAAGGCACUUUAUUGAACCUCUAGUCAUUGUUGAUUUCUACCAUUGUCUUUUUAUAGCCUAUGCUAUAUGCUAAUCGUAUUGUGCAGUGCUAGUUUUCAAUCGCUGAAUACAAUGCAGUGAUAAUUAGCAAAUAUUUAAUUAACCACAUCUUUCGUGUCACUUUACCCAAAAUGUUCUGGUCAGUUUAUUUGAUUCUGGGCUAGCUGUUUUUGUCUUACCAAGUUAGUUUGGAUAUGCUAGUUAGCCUACAUAUGUUAGUUUGCAUAUGCUAGUUAGCCUACAUAUGCUAGUUAGCCUACAUAUGUUAGUUAGCCUACAUAUGUUAGUUAGCCUACAUAUGCUAGUUAGCCUACAUAUGCUGCAUAGCACACAUUGCCAUCUCGCUUCAUUCAACCCGCCCAGACAUAGUACCCUGCCUACUCCCUCAAACUUCCUCUUAGUUUGAACAAGGCAUUGAAAAAAAAUCAUCCAUCCACAUGGUGUCCCUCAGGGCAGUGUGCCGUGACACACCAUGUUGUGCCACUGGUGGAAUGGCAUGUCUGAUGCCUGGCAAUCUCAGAAUCAGCUCACGCCAGUUCAGUACCACAGUAACAUAGCCCUGGCUCCCUCUCUCAUGUAAACCGCUGGACUACGACCAACGCUCCUCCCGCAACACUCCACUAACGCAACACUCCACUAACGCAACACUCCACUAACGCAACACUCCACUAACGCAACACUCCACUAACCAAAAUUGUAUGGAGUGGAGUGACACCCCACUGCAUGGUGUGCUGUGCACUUCUGAAAUAAGUCUCGAUAUCAGCUAUACAGUAAUUGGGUUAUAGGCCUAUAUCACUACUAUAUGAGGACAGGACUAUAUCAGGACAAGACUAUAUCAGGACUAGGACAGGACUAUAUCAGGACAGGACUAUAUCAGGACUAGGACAGGACUAUAUCAGGACAGGACUAUAUCAGGAUUAUAUCAGGACAGGACUAUAUCAGGACAGGACGAUAUCAGGACGAUAUCAGGACAGGACGAUAUCAGGACAGGACUAUAUCAGGACAGGACUAUAUCAGGACCAUAUCAGGACAGGACUAUAUCCGGACAUUACUAUAUCGGACUAUAUCAGGACAGGACUAUAUCAGGACUAUAUCAAGACCGGACUAUAUCAGGACAGGACUAUAUCAGGACUAUAUCAAGACUAUGACAGGAGUAUAACAGGACUAUAUCAGGACAGGACUAUAUCAGGACAGGAUUAUAUCAGGACUAUAUCAGGACAGGACUAUAUCAGGACUAUAUCAGGAUAGGACUAUAUCAGGACUAUAUCAAGACAGGACUAUAUCAGGACAGGACUAUAUCAGGACUAUAUCAGGACAGGACUAUAUCAGGACAGGACUAUAUCAGGACUGUAUCAGGAUUAUAUCAGGACAGGAGUAUAUCAGGACUAUAUCAGGACAGGACUAUAUCAGGACUAUAUCAAGACCGGACUAUAUCAGGACUAUAUCAGGACAGGACUAUAUCAGGACAGGACUAUAUCAGGACAGGACCAUAUCAGGACAGGACUAUAUCAGGACUAUAUCAAGACUAUGACAGGAUGUAUAACAGGACUAUAUCAAGACGGCGGGACUAUGAGUCAAGGACCGGGUGGCGUAAGUAUAAGGACCCGGACUAUAUCAGGACAGGACAGGACUAUAUCAGGACCAUAUCAGGACAGGACUAUAUCAGGACCAUAUCAGGACUAUAUCAGGACAGGACUAUAUCAGGACUAUAUCAGGACAGGACUAUAUCAGGACUAUAUAAGGACAGACUAUAUCAGGACUAUAUCAGGACAGGACUAUAUCAGGGCUAUAUCAAGAACUAUGACAGGAGUAUAACAGAACUAAAUCAGGACAGGAAUAUAUCAUGACAGGAAGCAGGACUAUAUCCGACAGGACUAUAUCAGGACUAGAAUCAACGACCGGACUAUAUCAAGCUAUAUCAGGACAGGACUAUAAUCAGGACAGGACCUAUAGCAGUACCAUAUCAGGACAGGAAAAAUAUCAGACUAUACAAGACUAUGACAGGAAGUAUAAGCAGGACUAUAUCAAAGCCGGACUUAGAUCAAGACCGGACUAAAAUCAGGAACAGGACUAAAUCAGGACAGGACAGGACUAAUCAUACCUACCAUAUCAGGACCAGGACUAUAUCAGGACCAUAUCAGGACCAUAUCAGGACUAUAUCAGGACAGCACUAUAUCAGGACUAUAUCAGGACAGGACUAUAUCAGGACUAUAUGAGGACAGGACUAUAUCAGGACUAUAUCAGGACAGGACUAUAUCAGGGCUAUAUCAAGACUAUGACAGGAGUAUAACAGAACUAAAUCAGGACAGGAAUAUAUCAGGACAGGACUAUAUCAGGAUAUAGGAAUCAGUACUAGAUCUUUCUUAGUCCCCUAAUCAGAUAGAAUGCUAUAGGCUAUGAUCACGGCAUUGUAAUUUGCAAGUAGUUAGCAUAAUCACCUUAGCUACAGCCCCUGUCUGUCUUCUAUAUGUGUGUACCGUGUGUGUGUUUCAUCUCCUGUCCCUCCUUGCCGUCCCCAUCAGCUCAGUGGUGCUGUGUCUCCCUCGAUCUGCUUUGUGAUCUCCCCCUCUCAAAAAUGCAUUGCAGGUGUGGAAUUGUUAAUCUGGGGUGGCUGCCGAAAUCAUGUGAAUCAUCAUGGUGUAAUAAUCUUGAAAAUGAUCUCUUUGAUUGAUGAUUGCGAUAAUUCAGCCGUCUUUUCCAGGGCUGGAUUUGACUUGUGCCUGUGUGAUUUUGCACUGUGAUUCACAGUAUACAGAUUAAGACCAAACGAAUGACUACAACCUGGAAUGGAAUCAGUUAUCCCCCUUUGUUGCAUUAACUUGUCUUUCCUCCACUGUUGUGCCCCCACUGAUCUAUGUGAUGUGAUGUGAUGUGCACGUUAUCUGUUUGUCAUGAUGCUAGUGGUCUCAGUGGGUUUGGACUGGCUCACAGAGGGUGAUGGGUUAAGACAUUUCCUAGACUUGUGUUGGAGAGGUUUAAUGAACCUGCUCUUUCUGUGACUGCUCUCUGCGUCUCCAGUCUUCAGACAAGGAGAAGGUGGACCAGCUUCAAGAGGAACUGCUCCGAACUCAGGUACAGCACCAGUAUUAUACCACAUUUACACAGUAAAAAUCCAGUUUAAUUUGGUAAAUGGUCCAUCUCCUUCCUCCAGUAGACUCCACAUAUUAAACCACAUUGACCUUGUAAAGUCAGGUAAAAUAAAAUAAAAAUAAACUUUUUAAUUGAUAAAUGCACUGAAUUUAAGAGAGAAUUUGUGAUUUAAAGAUGAAAUCUUCUCUCUCUCUCUCUCUGUUGUCCUCAGAUGAAGUACCAGCGCAUGCUGGAGAGACUGGAGAAGGAGAACAAGGAACUGAGGAAAGUGGUGCUGCAGAAAGAUGAGAAGGGCAUCCACCAGAGGAAGGUCAAGGUGAGUGUGAGUCGCACACACACACACACACACACGCACAAACACACACACACACACACGCACACACACACACGCACAAACACACGCAUAUGCACAAACACAAACACACACACACACGCACAAACACACACACGCACAAACACACACACGCAGCGACACACACACGCAGCGACACACACACACACGCACAAACACGCAGCGACACACACGCAGCGACACACACAUACCAGGGUUGUGCAUGUGAGUAAAAGUUAAUGAAGAAAUUUGUUUCGAAACAUUAUUUUGUUAUCGUCUCCUCAAUAAAAAGACUUCUUCUCCCAUCAGGCAUUGCUCUAAGUGUUCUUCCAUCUGUAUUUCUUCUAUAGAAGUCUCUGAUUGACAUGUACUCUGAGGUCCUGGACAUCCUCUCAGACUUCGACUCGAACUACAACACCCAGGACCAUCUACCCAGGGUAAGAAACAACAAAUAGCUCAUGGCUUUCUGGAAAUGCAAUCAAAUGAUGGAGACAUUAUUGUGACCCCUUUCUCGAGUGUACUGUAUGCCAGAAAUACAUCAAUUGUUUCCUGUUGCAAAGGAAAAGGCAUUGUUGUGAAAUGGUAGGUCUCUGCUAUCUAUCACGCCCAUGUCAUCUAAUCCCUCCUCCCCUCUACCACCCCACCCAACCUUCCCCUCCUCUCGCUCCCUCCUCCCUCCUAUAGGUGGUGGUGGUGGGAGACCAGAGUGCAGGGAAGACCAGUGUGUUGGAGAUGAUCGCCCAGGCUAGGAUCUUCCCCCGGGGCUCUGGGGAAAUGAUGACCCGCUCUCCUGUCAAGGUAUAGGAACUCAUUUACUAGACUACCUUAACCCCUCAAGACCCCUACCUCCCUUAACUGUAGCUGUAAAGAUAUCAAAGAUGUAUAGAAGCCAGCGUUUACUUGACACAGUAGUGUUGAUUAUUUAAUUUUUUACAUUUUAGUAAUUUAGCAGACGCUCUUAUCCAGAGCGACUUGCAUGAGCAAUUAGGGUGAAGUGCCUUGCUCAAGGGCACAGACAGAUUUUUCACCUAGUCGGCUCGGGGAUUCGAACCAGUGACCUUUCGGUUACUGGCCCAACCCUCUUAACCGCUAGGCUACCUGCCGACCCAAUUUAUAUUCUUAUUUGAAAGGGGCAAUCUGAGAUUCGGUACAUUCCAUUUUUGGAAUUGAUAUAUAGCCAUUGUUCUUGAAGAAUAUAACUUAUUAAGUGGCGGGGUGACCGCUUUGUUGUUUGUCCAGACUUGUCCUACUGCUGUGGCUAUUCCUUGAUGGAUUUCCUCUUUGAUGCUCUCUAGGUCUGCACUGUUCCAUAUGGGAGGUUGUAGUCCACAGUCUGAGUGCUGGAAUGAGGCCUGUGUUGUCUGGAUGGAUGGGUAGCGUUACCAGAGCAGUGUUGUUGUUUUGGACUGGGGACUCUGACAGUUAUUCAUUUCAUUUUGCCACCUGCUGCUCUCCCUCCCUCCACUAGGUGACGCUGAGCGAGGGACCUCACCAUGUGGCCAUGUUCAAGGACAGCAGUCGAGAGUUUGACCUGGGAAAAGAGGAGGACGUAAGUUUAACACAGUGAGGCGCUCUCUCUCCCACCAUGGAAUCAUCUUUUCAUUGGUGUUUUCAUUGGUGUUCAUUCACACUGAUUCACUUGUUGAUUGGUUCAUUCUCUCUUCCCUGCAGCUGGCUGCCCUGAGACAUGAGAUCGAGCUGAGGAUGAGGAAGAGUGUCAAGGAGGGACAGUCAGUCAGCCCUGAAGUGAGGACAGAACUCCCUAUUGCUCCACAUCUUCUGCCUUGUACCUCUGUCUGCAUCCCAAAUGGCCCCCUAUACCCUAUAUAGUGCACUACUUUUGAUAUAGGUCUCUGGUCAAAAGGAGUGGUCAGUCAAAAGUAGUGCACUACUAGACUUGGGAAUAGGGUGCCAUUUGGGAUGCAUCCAUGUCUCUGCCAGCCAUAUAAAGAAAGCUCACUAUUACUCAGCAUUGUACCAGCUGUAUGUGGAUCUCUGACGGUUUUUAGUGCUGACUAAAUGUUUUUUAUUUUUCCUGUGUGACAGACGAUCUCUCUGAGUGUCAAAGGACCAGGCAUCCAGAGGAUGGUACUAGUGGACCUACCAGGAGUCAUCAGUGUGAGUACUACACACACCACAAACACACUCUCCUUCUCUCUUCUCUCUCUCCACACGUACAGAAACACAUACAUGUGUAUGAAAACAGAGACCGUACAGUGGUAGGAGCAGUGAUGGUGAUGCGAUGGUGUGUGUUCCUCUCAGACUGUGACUGCAGGCAUGGCAGCAGACACCAAGGAGACAAUCUUCAGCAUCAGUAAGAACUACAUGCAGAACCCCAACGCCAUCAUCCUCUGUAUCCAGGGUGAGUCAACACUGGAGUCACCUUUCCAUGACCAAACAGGAAUAUCCUAGAGCUCCUUUCCCUCUCUUUAAUCCCUCGCCUCCACUUUGAUCCUGUGUUCUUUUCUCUCCUGUCUCCUCUCCUGUCUCCUCUCCUGUCUCCUUCUCUCCUGUCUCCUCCUCUCCUGUCUCUCUCUGUCUCUCCUCUCCUCGUCUCGUCUCUGUCCUCCUCUCCUUCUCCUGUCUCCUCUCCCUCUCCUGUCUCUCUCUCGUCUCCUCUCCGUCUCUCUGUCCCUGUCUCAUGUCUCCUGUCUCUCCUGUCCUCCUGUCUCCUUCUUCUCCUCGUCCUGUCCUGUCCUCUCCUGUCUCCUGUCUCCUCUCUGUCUCCUGUCUCCUCUCUCUCCUCGUCCUCUCCUCUCUCCUGUCUCCUGUCUCAUCUCCUGUCUUCUCUCUGUCUCCUCCUCUGUCUCCUGUCUCUCCUUCUCCUGUCUCCUGUCUCUCGUCUCCUCUCCUUUCUCCUGUCUCCUCGUCUCCUGUCUCUUCUCCUGUCUCCUCUCCUUUCUCCUGUCUCCUCUCCUGUCUCCUGUCUCCUCUCCUGUCUCCUGUCUCCUCUCAUGUCUCCUGUCUCCUCUCAUGUCUCCUGUCUCCUCUCAUGUCUCCUCUCCUGUCCCGUCUCCUCUCCUGUCUCCUCUCCUGUCCCCUCUCAAGUCUGCUGUCUCGUCUCCUGUCUCCUCCUCUCCUGUCUCCUGUCUCAUCUCCUGUCUCCUCUUCUCCUGUCUCCUCUCCUGUCUCGUAUCCUCUCCUGUCUCGUCUCCCCUCCUGGUUCCUCUCCUGGUUCCUCUCCUGUCUCGUCUCCUCUCCUGUCUCCUCUUCUCUUCACCUCUCCUCUCAUCUCAUGUCUCCUCUUGUCUCUUCUCUUCUCCUCCUCUCCUCCUUUACCUGACAUGCUCUUCUCUCACCCUUCAUCCAUCAGAUGGGUCAGGGAUGCAGAGCGCAGCAUCGUCACAGACCUGGUCAGUCAGAUGGACCCACAGGGGAAGAGGACCAUCUUUGUCCUGACCAAAGUAGACCUAGCAGAGAAGAACCUGGCCAGCCCUAACCGGGUGAGAUAUAAACUCACACACACACACGACACAUGCUCACACACACACUCGCACAUGCUCACACACCCACACCACACAUGCUCACACACACACACGCACAUGCACACACACACACUCGCACAUGCACACACACAUGUUCAAGACGUUUUGCAACGGGAAGCGGAAAAUGACAACAGUGGACAAGUUGAGGUACUCCCAAUGAGCAUGGACUGAAUACAUUUGACAAGUUCAAAUGGUCUGAAAACAAUUAUGAGCCUCCUUAGCCACAAAGGGGCACCCUUUCAGUAGUUUAAAAAGUUGAAUGGUACACUCAAACAGUCACGAGGUACAGACUGCAUGAAAUCCAAUGACACUUGAUUGCAUUGGCCCUCUCAUCUGGGAUUUUAUUCAUGUCGUUUUCUCCCUACAGAUUCAACAGAUUGUUGAAGGAAAGCUGUUCCCUAUGAAGGCCUUGGGCUACUUUGCUGUGGUGACCGGGAAAGGUAAGAUACAUUCCCUGCUCCAGCCUUACCCAUCAGAGCUAUCUUAAACACAUCUAAAAACACUGGACUGUUCACUUCAACAUGUUCUGUUGUUUUAUGCUUCCUUAGAAAAGUAUAGAUUGAGUUACGUGUAGCCUACGAGAGAACGCAUGUGUUGUAAUUCGUGUGUUGUGUAUCGUGUCAAACAUUUAACAAAAAGGUUUGUAAAUUUGAGUGUAUAUCGCUACAAAAAAAUACUCUACAACUAAAGCAACUGUUGAAGGUCAACAUCGUUAACAACAUGUGUGAGAAAUACGCAAGGACCACCAGGGGAAAAGACAAGAAAGAGUCUGACUCUGGCUUACUGCAUGAGCUGAGGCUAAUUAAAUACAAAAUAGACGGUAUGAGUUUAAGCUUCACGAAACGGCUGAACUGUAAAGUUGACGGUCUGCAAGUGACCCUAGAAAACGGUAUUUUACAUUUUUAGUCAUUUAGCAGACGCUCUUAUCCAGAGCGACUUACAGUUAGUGAGUGCAUGCAAACCCAUCCACUAAAUUCGACCCUGAGGUGUCCAUCAUUAUAGCAGGCCUACCGUUGGAAGAGGAAGAGGAAGUGAUGGAGAGAGCGAGGGUACUCUGCUCCAGUAUGACCCGGAGCUAGUAGCUGCAGAGCGGAUGCGGGCGAGGGUCCGGGGCCGGGCGUGAUCAAGCUGGAACUACGCUCUGUCCAGGAGAAAGUGGCUGUCCUCUGGCAGAAACAAUAGCUGAAGAGUGAUGAAAGGUUCAAGGAUCACCAAAGUCUCACACGGAGCGACUCAUUGUUCUGAGAUCCCGACCGGGAAAACUUCUACAUCACAGGGAGUGGGCUAGUUAUGCAACAGCCUUCAUCUGGUUCUGAUGCUGGUAUAAGGGGCGGGGACAGUGAGGAGGACUGAGACUCACCUGCCCAGCCAGUAAGAGCCGACCAGUUUAAUCUUCUUCAGUGGAACUUUAAUGGUUGGACGGCUUUGAACUGUGAGCUAAGACAAUUGAAUGUACUUUUACUGAAUCCUGACAUUAUAAUCCUGAAUGAGACACAUCUAACAGGUCAGCAUUCAAUUGAAAUGGACGGGUACACUUGGUUUGGACAUAAUAGGAAAAGGCAUGUAAGAGAGAGCCUAAAGUAUCUGGUGGAGUUGGACUUUUUAGUUAGAAACAAGAUGCUUGAGUCCUAUAAAGUAAAUGUGACUGACAAAUCAGUGGAUGGCAUGAUGGGACUGUGAUUUGAGCAUCGAGUAUCUGGAGAUUGUUUUGAUAUUUUCUCCUGUUAUUUGCCUCCUGAGGGCUCAUCUACAGCCGUGGUCAAAAGUUUUCAGAAUGACACAAGUAUUGGUCUUUACAAAGUUUGCUGCUUCAGUGUUUUUAGAUAUUUUUUGUCAGAUGUUACUGUGGUAUACUGAAGUAUAAUUACAAGCAUUCCAUAAGUGUCAAAGGCUUUUAUUGACAAUUACAUUAAGUUAUGCAAGAUCAUAUUUUGCAUUUUGACCCUUUUUUUAGACCUCUGAUGCGCCUCAUCUUCAACUCUGGCACAUCCUGAUGAUGGCAGUCAUUCUUGCAUAAUCAAUGCUUGAGUUUUUAGAAUAGUGGUUUUUGUUUGUCCACGCUUUGAUGUGUACAAGUCUCAAUGGAUUACAGUCGGAGUUCGCCAUGGACCAACAUUUUAUUUGUCCCCAAGCACUUAGUAUCACUUUGCCUUAUGCAAGGUCCAUAUGUGGAAGGCAUGUUCGCACCACUUCUUGAUGUUGGGAGACGUUGCUCUCGAGGAUGUGUUGCCAUCUUUUUCAUGGCUGUGUCUUAGCAAUUGUGAGGAGCCACUCCCUGGCUGAGAAGCAACCCACACAUGAAUGGUCUCAGGAUUUGUUGCAUGACACAGACUGUGGUAGCGCCACCUGUCCUCUCUCCGGACAAGUUUUUCCGAAAUGCCCCAAAUCAAUCGGAAAGGGGAUUCAUCAGAGAAAAUGACUUUACCCCAGUCCUCAGCAGUCCAAUCCCUGUACCUUUUGCAGAAUAUCAGUCUGUCCCUGAUGUUUUUCCUGGAGAGAAGUGGCUUACUCACUGCCCUUCUUGACACCACGCCAUCCUCCAAAAGUCUUCGCCUCACUGUGCGUGCAGAUGCACUCACACCUGCCUGCUGCCAUUCCUGAGCAAGCUCUGCACUGGUGGUGCCCCGAUCCCGCAGCUGAAUCAACUUUAGGAGAUGGUCCUGGCACUUGCUGGACUUUCUUGGGCGCCCUGAAGCGAUUCAACCUCCCUCCUUGAAGUUCUUGAUGAUCCGAUAAAUGGUUGAUUUAGGUGCAAUCUUACUAACAACAAUAUCCUUGCCUGUGAAGCCCUUUUUGUGCAAAGCAAUGAUGACGGCACAUGUUUCCUUGCAGGUAACUAUGGUUAACAGAGGAAGAACAAUGAUUUCAAGCACCACCCUCCUUUUUAAAGCUUCCAGUUUGUUAUUCUAACUCAAUCAGCAUGAGUGAUCUCCAGCCUUGUCCUCGUCAACACUCUCACCUGUGUUAACGAGAGAAUCACUGACAUGAUGUCAGCUGGUCCUUUUGUGGCAGGGCUGAAAUGCAGUGGAAAUGUUUUUGGGGGAUUAAGUUCAUUUUCAUGGCAAAGAGGGACUUUGCAAUUAAUUUCAAUUCAUCUGAUCACGCUUCAUAACAUUCUGGAGUAUAUGCAAAUUGACAUCAUAAAAACUGAGGCAGCAGACUUUGUGAAAAUUAAAAUUUGUGUCAUUCUCAAAACUUUUGACCACGACUUUUGACCAUUGAAUGCAUUCAGUUGUACAACUGAUUUUGCGCUUUUAUUUUCUAUGUUUUAUUUGUUAAAUUUUUUAAAGGAACAUGUUAUUGUCAAGAUGAGGUAGAGGAGGACAUGCAGAGUCAUACUCCCCUAACCAGCAUCUGAAUGCAGAGGGAGUCAUACUCCGCUAACCAGCAUCUGAAUGCAGAGGGAGUCAUACUCCCCUAACCAGCAUCUGAAUGCAGAGGGAGUCAUACUCCCCUAACCAGCAUCUGAAUGCAGAGGGAGUCAUACUCCCCUAACCAGCAUCUGAAUGCAGAGGGAGUCAUACUCCCCUAACCAGCAUCUGAAUGCAGAGGGAGUCAUACUCCGCUAACCAGCAUCUGAAUGCAGAGGGAGUCAUACUCCGCUAACCAGCAUCUGAAUGCAGAGGGAGUCAUACUCCGCUAACCAGCAUCUGAAUGCAGAGGGAGUCAUACUCCCCUAACCAGCAUCUGAAUGCCAGUGUUACCCUAGAGGAGGUCAGGAAGGUAGUUGAGCAUGCUAAACCAAAGAAAGCUACAGGAAUUGAUGAUUUUUCUAAUGAAGUUUUGAAGUCACCUAAAUUGUUCCAAAUACUAUUUGAACUCUCCAAGGCUUGUUUUGAGAAUGGCAUUAUUCCAUCUGGAUAGUACGAAUCCAUAAUCAAGCCUAUCCACAAAUCCUCCAAACAUGACCCUAAAAUCCCAUUGAACUAUAGAGGGAUAAGUCUCAUUAGCACUGUUUGUAAAUUGUAUUCUAGCACUGUAAAUAACAGGCUCUCCCACUAUCUAGAACAGUCUUUAGGAAAGCCACAGUGUGUAUAGACAUACAGUAACAGUCAAAAGUUUGGACACACCUACUCAUUCAAGGGUUUUUCUUAGUUUUUACUAUUUUCUACAUUGUAGAAUAAUAGUGAAGACAUCAAAACUAUGAAAUAACAAAUAUGGAAUCAUGUAGUAACCCAAAAAGUGUUAAACAAAUCAAAAUAUAUUUUAUAUUUGUGAUUCUUCAAAGUAGCCACCCUUUGCCUUGAUGACAGCUUUGCACACUCUUGGCAUUCUCUCAACCAAUUGUUUUCUAAAGCUUAUUUUUGUCUAGACUUCACACCUAGAGUAAAAACCUCCAGGCUUCCAUGAGUCAAAAAAUAUAUAUCAUUAAAAAAGGAAUUACAGGGGGCAGUUUGGAAAAACUUUUCCUGUGUGAAUCGUUCUCUGGAAUAACGCACUAAUGGGGUAAUAAUUACAUAACCAACUUCUCUAGUAAUACUACUCCUGUUUGAAUAGGGCUUAAUCCCGUCCGAAUAAUCCACUGGAGAAACGGACUUGCUGGGGUAAUAAUUACAUAACCAAAGUUCUAUAGUAAUACAAGUCCCGUAGUCAGGCCUUGAAUCACUGACGUGAAUCUCUAUUGUCCCCUCUUCUUUAGGCAGUGCCGGGGAAAGCAUUGACUCCAUCAAAGAUUACGAAGAGGACUUCUUCCAGAACUCUAGACUACUCAGGUGGGUGUCCUGACUCCCUACCAUCUGUUUUCAAUUGUUUUCUAAUUGAAUAGAAAUGGAACUGCGCUGGAACGCGUUAUCCUGACCUGUGUCCUUCUGUCCAACCCAGAGACGGCAUGCUGAAGGCCCACCAGGUGACUACCAAGAACCUGAGUCUGGCCGUGUCCGACUGCUUCUGGAAGAUGGUCAGGGAGUCAGUGGAACAGCAGGCGGACGCCUUCAAAGGUAAGCAGGCUGGUUAGGGCCCCAGAAUAGUCCUCUGAGGUGUGUUCCCCAAAGGCUUAUCCAUUUAACCUAGGUAGAGACACAAAGGAUCUCAAGAAUUAACCAACCCCGUGAGCAGAGAAGUGCGAUAUGUUGGAAGCUUGUGCAGCAGAGCUUUGUAAACAAAAGAGAAAUGAAGUGAUUAUCAGGAAUUUAGAGGUCCGGCCGACUUUCUGACAAAGGAUGCAGUGAUGAGUAUCAAACCUGUCUCCUCUGAUAACAGGAAGCAUGAUAUUAUACACUACAUCCAAGGGUUAUAUUAUACACUACAUCCAAGGGUUAUAUUAUACACUACAUCCAAGGGUUAUAUUAUACACUACAUCCAAGGGUUAUAUUAUACACUACAUCCAAGGGUUAUAUUAUACACUACAUCCAAGGGUUAUAUUAUACACUACAUCCAAGGGUACCAUCCAAGGGUUAUAUUAUACACUACAUCCAAGGGUUAUAUUAUACACUACAGCCAAGGGUUAUAUUAUACACUACAUCCAAGGGUUAUAUUAUACACUACAUCCAAGGGUUAUAUUAUACACUACAUCCAAGGGUUAUAUUAUACACUACAUCCAAGGGUUAUAUUAUACACUACAUCCAAGGGUUUUAGAGAAGUGGCUGCUGCAUUCUGAUAAAUGGUGUCACCAUAAUCAAGAGUUGGCAGGAAGGUUGCCUGGACAACCUGUUUCCUAAUGUUUAGGGAGAGGCGCAUGAUCUAUUUCUAUAAAAGAAGCCUUCUUUAAAUCUCAGGUUCUUAACGAAUUCAUCCGUAGGUUUUUUUUAAAUGUCACAUUUUUGUAAAUCCAAAAUCCCAGAUAUUUAUAGGCUGGAACCUGCUCGACGAGAGAACCAUCCAAUGCAUAAAUGUGUAAACCAUCAUUUAGUUUUUCCCGCAUUAAGUACCAAUUUUAAAUCAACAAGGGCUUUCUGCAAGGCAACAAAAUCAGAUUGGAGCUCUAACAUAGCCUGAUACAGAUUGUAAUGAGGACAGAUCCCCAAAUCAACCCCUGCGGGACACCUUUAGUAAUAUCGAGGUAACUUGGCACCAUCAGAAAGCACACACACAUUGUGUCCUGUCUAGUUCCCAAACCACUUGCAAAAAACGCCUGGUCAAGGCCCAUUUCAGACAACCUUUGAAUGAGUAGGGGACGGUCGACAGUAUAAAAGGCCUUGGAUAGGUCUGUAAAUAUGGCAGCACAGUGAUUCCUAUGAUCUAAGCUAUUUAACACGUUUAAGACGAGCGUAGCUGCUGAAACGGUCCCGGUCUAUAACCAGACUGGUGCACAUGAAGAAUAUAAUCUGAAGUUUAAAAAGUUCUUAGCUGCUGUACACUGGAUUCUUGACAUACUGUAGCUCACUCUAGUAUAUCUACUGCUGUACAUAUCAUUCUUAGUAUAUCUUGUGUUAAUUCAUCCAGUGUAUAUACGUGUAGAUAGCAUUUGGAUUGCUGUUAGUGCUAUUUAGGUUAAUUGGAUUUGUUCAAGAUUUCUUGUUAUUUUUGUAAUUAUUUGUGUACUUGUUUGACAUUUUACUACCUUGUUAGGAGCUAGUAGCAUAAGCAUUCCACUGCACCCGCUAUAACACCUGCUCCUUUCCUUCAUGCUAGGCCAUCUAGUCAUCUACCUCCUCUUACAUCCAUGGCUGAGCACCACCACCCAGCUUCGUUAGCAAGUGAUGCACACUUUUCCUCUCUGCUCGCUCCCACCUUCCCCUUCUUGUCCUCGCCCAUCCUGCCACACUUCUCCCCUCGCCCGGCGCUGCUUCCAAGUGGCCAUUAUCCCAGCCAGCCGGUGGUCCUCACUAACUGUAGCAGCAGGGACUAGAUUUAUGGCCCUGUGGCUGUGGUGUGUCCCUGUUGCUCUCCUUCCCAUUGUGUGGCGUGUUGUUGAUCUGCUGCACGUCAAAGCCCCUCCUCACAGGCACCGAGCCUGGCGCCGGACACCCUGGCCCAAUAACCCCCACCCCGGGUGGGCCUUUGGAUUGGGCUUUUGAUUAAGAGCGUGUUCUCUAGCGAGUGAUCUCAGCCACGGCGCCAUCCCUACUGCCCCGGUGUUCGUGCGAACAUAGGAGGUUCUAUUUAUCAUCAAAGCAGGUAGUAGUGAAGCUGUCCUUAUGCAAACUGCUUGUUAGUGACGUUGUCAAUAGUUCUACUGGUUAAGUCAUAACACCAACAGAUGAGACAUUCGGACAAUAAAAUGAGACCGUCUAACCAGCUAGCUCACCUGCUACUGUCUGGGGCAGCCUGACUGUCUAACCAACUAGCUCACCUGCUACUGUCUGGGGCAGCCUGACUGUCUAACCAACUAGCUCACCUGCUACUGUCUGGGGCAGCCUGACUGUCUAACCAGCUAGCUCACCGCUACUGUCUGGGGCAGCCUGACUGUCUAACCAACUAGCUCACCUGCUACUGUCUGGGGGCAGCCUGACUGUCUAACCAACUAGCUCACCUGCUACUGUCUGGGGCAGCCUGACUGUCUAACCAACUAGCUCACCUGCUACUGUCUGGGGCAGCCUGACUGUCUAACCAGCUAGCUCACCUGCUACUGUCUGGGGCAGCCUGACUGUCUAACCAACUAGCUCACCUGCUACUGUCUGGGUCAGCCUGACUGUCUAACCAACUAGCUCACCUGCUACUGUCUGGGGGCAGCCUGACUGUCUAACCAACUAGCUCACCUGCUACUGUCUGGGGGCAGCCUGACUGUCUAACGAACUAGCUCACCUGCUACUGUCUGGGGCAGCCUGACUGUCUAACCAACUAGCUCACCUGCUACUGUCUGGGGGCAGCCUGACUGUCUAACCAGCUAGCUCACCUGCUACUGUCUGGGGCAGCCUGACUGUCUAACCAGCUAGCUCACCUGCUACUGUCUGGGGGCAGCCUGACUGUCUAACCAACUAGCUCACCUGCUACUGUCUGGGGGCAGCCUGACUGUCUAACCAGCUAGCUCACCUGCUACUGUCUGGGGCAGCCUGACUGUCUAACCAACUAGCUCACCUGCUACUGUCUGGGGGCAGCCUGACUGUCUAACCAACUAGCUCACCUGCUACUGUCUGGGGCAGCCUGACUGUCUAACCAACUAGCUCACCUGCUACUGUCUGGGGCAGCCUGACUGUCUAACCAGCUAGCCACCUGCUACUGUCUGGGGCAGCCUGACUGUCUAACCAACUAGCUCACCUGCUACUGUCUGGGGCAGCCUGACUGUCUAACCAACUAGCUCACCUGCUACUGUCUGGGGCAGCCUGACUGUCUAACCAACUAGCUCACCUGCUACUGUCUGGGGGCAGCCUGACUGUCUAACCAGCUAGCUCACCUGCUACUGUCUGGGGCAGCCUGACUGUCUAACCAACUAGCUCACCUGCUACUGUCUGGGGGCAGCCUGACUGUCUAACCAGCUAGCUCACCUGCUACUGUCUGGGGCAGCCUGACUGUCUAACCAGCUAGCUCACCUGCUACUGUCUGGGGCAGCGUGACUGUCUAACCAACUAGCUCACCUGCUACUGUCUGGGGGCAGCCUGACUGUCUAACCAACUAGCUCACCUGCUACUGUCUGGGUCAGCCUGACUGUCUAACCAACUAGCUCACCUGCUACUGUCUGGGGCAGCCUGACUGUCUAACCAGCUAGCUCACCUGCUACUGUCUGGGGCAGCCUGACUGUCUAACCAGCUAGCUCACCUGCUACUGUCUGGGGCAGCCUGACUGUCUAACCAACUAGCUCACCUGCUACUGUCUGGGGGCAGCCUGACUGUCUAACCAACUAGCUCACCUGCUACUGUCUGGGGCAGCGUGACUCUCAACCCUGGCUUGGACCUUUAGCGAUGGAGGCAAAAAACAUAGUAUUGAUCCUCACUCACUUUUUGUAUACCGUAUAUCCAUUAUAAUGUCUCAGAUUUAUACCUCUGUAACUUAUUCUGUGGCUUUUUAGUUAGUACAUUCAAUACAGUACAGAGCAGUUAAAGACGUAUAAACAGACUCUCUAUGAGAAACGAUCUGUCCUCUCCUUCCUCAGCGUCCCGCUUCAACCUGGAAACUGAGUGGAAGAACAACUACCCCCGUCUGAGAGAGCUGGACAGGGUAUGUCAAGUCAACAAUAUUGUCCUUCAACUGUCUACUGAUUUUGAGAGCGGCCAUAUUGGAGUGCCAGAUUCCAUCCAAUAAUCACGAGUCUUCUGUUCGUCUUUUCCUCCCAGAAUGAACUCUUCGAAAAAGCCAAGAACGAAAUCUUGGACGAAGUCAUUAGCUUGAGUCAAGUGACACCGAAACACUGGUUAGUAUUUGCCCUGAUGUUUCCCAUUUAAAUGAUGUUUCAUCACCUGCAGCUUAUGUACAUUAUUAUUGACUAUUUCUAGAUUUUUAAAAAAAAAAAAACAUUUUAUAAUUUUUACAUGGCCAACAUCAACUGAGUGUUGAAUGCUUCAUAUUCAAAGGCUGUUAAACUAAGUCUGAAAUGCCCGUCAGCCAGCUAUAGGGACCUCCUGUAGCUCACUUGGUAGAGCAUGGCGCUUGCAACGCCAGGGUUGUGGGUUCGAUUCCCACGGGGGGCCAGUAUGAAAAAUGUAUGCACUCACUAACUGUAAGUCGCUCUGGAUAAGAGCGUCUGCUAAAUGACUCAAAUGUCAAUGUAAUGUUGUAGAAGCUGUGGUGGGUGUGGGUGUGUUUAUGAUAAAUUAGUCUUAACAGAAGCCCAUGGGGAUUGAGCUGGGGUUUGUCCCAUUGUCACAGAGCCCUGUUCAGAUAAAGAGCCUUGCUUUAGUGAACAAGCUGCUGGGCUUUCAUGGCUAUGCGGACCAAAUGGCACCCUUUGUAGGGAGCAGGGCACCAUUUGGGUCGCAGCCAUUGGGACUCUACAGUAAAGUUGUCUGAAUAGUAAGGGUUUAUCUCCUUUGCCAAACAGGAUAUUUUCCGUCCCUUCAUAAAACCUGAUAUAUGAAAGAUCUGGCCAAGUCAAAGGACAUAUCACAACCACUUUCUGCCCUAUUGCUUUCAGUGAUCAUGCCUGUUCAGAUAAGUUGUAAAUGUGGAGAGGACAUAACCAAAGGAAGCAACUUGAGGCUUUUUAUUUGUGGGUUUAUAUAUAUUUAUUUAUUGAGAUAGGACCGUGAAGAGAAGACAGGAGAGGUACAGGAGGGCACUGGGUUGGAUUCGAACCCAUGCCGACUCUGGUGUAGGUUAUGUGUGCGCCGGGGGUUUGAGGAACUAACCGCUGAACCACACAGGCCACUACUUUAGACUAUUAAUGUACACUCACACAGUGUCGUCUCAAACUGGUGUCCAACCAAGAAGUGCUUGUUUUCCUAUCUUAACUCUGUAGGGAGGCCAUCCUGCAGAAGAAGCUGUGGGAGCGUGUGUCCACCCACGUCAUCGAGAACAUCUACCUGCCUGCAGCCCAGACCAUGAACUCUGGUACCUUCAACACCACCGUGGACAUCAAGCUCAAACAGUGGACGGACAAGCAGCUGCCUCACAAAGCAUUAGAGGUAGAGUUCCACUACUGCUGCCUCAAAUAGCUCUCUAAACCUCUUCUCGCUAACUGUGGACAUAAAUAUAAUUAGGAGACGUUGGUGUCAUGUCAGGACUAAGUCAAGAGAUUAUUUUGAUAAUUGAAGAUGAAUGGAUUUACUGUGCCAGUCAAAUUUGCGUGUUCUGGUUGGUAUGACAGGAGUGGUAUACGGGUAUUGUAGCUUUGUCAGUGUUGUGUGUAGCUGGCAAUGGUGUUGAGUUGAUAGAAGGCCCUCUGUCCUCUGUUCCCUCCCAGGUUGCCUGGGAGACUCUGCAGGAGGAGUUUGCCCGCUUCAUGGCUGAGUACAGAGGGAAGGACCAGGACGACAUCUUUGACAAGCUGAAGGAGGCGGUGAAGGACGAGAGCAUCAAGAGGCACAAGUGGAACGAGACAGCCAUGGACAGCCUGGUACAAACACACAAUGAGCUUAGGUGGUUGCCGUGGCAAUGGGCGCCGUGAAUUUUAGAGAACAUUUUAGAUGUUCCUGUCUUGGCAGUGUAGAGAAAUGUUUACGUUUUUAAGACAAUCUCCUGCAAUUCUACACAUUUCUCCAUGGAGCUGAAAUACAUUUUUGCAGUUUUAUGCAUUUUGCCAUGGCUAAUGCAGUGUUCUUUCGCUCAAACAUAAUAACAAAUCAAUAAUGCUAAAUUCAUUGUUUUUCGAAUUUUCGAUUCUCCCUGAUUGUCUAGGUUUUAUUUUGGUGCUUGUUAGUUCUCAAAGAUGAUAUUAUAAAAUAAUAAAUAGGUCCAUUAUCUCUUCUACAUACUUUAUAUCCGGUUUUAGUCUUUUUAUUUAACACUGAAAGUGUUUUUCCAUCCCCAAAAAUUUAUAAAUACAAAAAUGAUGUAUGUAUGUAUGUACACUACAUGACCAAAAGUAUGUGGACACGUGGUCGUCGAACAUCUCAUUCCAAAAUCAUGGGCAUGAAUAUAGAGUUGGUCCCCCCUUCGCUGCUAUAACAGCCUCCACUCUUCUGGGAAGGCUUUCCACUAGAUGUUGGAACAUUGCUGCGGGGACUUGCUUCCAUUCAGCCACAAGAGCAUUAGUGAGGUCGGGUACUGAUGUCGGGUGAUUAGGCCUGGCUCGCAAUCGGUGUUCCAAUUCAACCCAAAGGUGUUCAAUGGGGUUGAGGUCAGGGCUCUGUGCAGGCCAGUCAUGUUCUUCAACACUGAUCUCGACAAACCAUUUCUGUAUGGACCUUGCUUUGUGCACAGGGGUAUUGUCAUGCUGAAACAGGAAAGGACCUUCCCAAAACUGUUGCCAGAAAGUUGGAAGCACAGAAUCGUCUGAAAUGUUAUUGUAUGCUGUAGCGUUAAGAUUUCCCUUUACUGGAACUAAGGGGCCUAGCCCGAACCAUAAAAAACAGCCCCAGACCAUUAUUCCUCCUCCACCAAACCUUACAUUUGGCACUAUGCAUUGGGGCAGGUAGCGUUCUCCUGGCAUCCGCCAAACCCAGAUCCGUCCGUCGGACUGCCAGAUGGUGAAGGCUGAUUCAUCACUCCAGAGAACGCAUUUCCACUGCUCCAGAGUCCAAUGGCGGCGAGCUUUAAACCUCUCUAGCCGACUCUUGGCAUUGCACUUGGUGUUCUUAGGCUUGUGUGCGGCUGCUCGGCCAUGGAAACCCAUUUCAUGAAGCUCCAGACAAAUAGUUAUUGCGCUGACGUUGUUUCCAGAGGCAGUUUGGAACUCGGUAGUGAGUGUUGCAACCGAGGACAACAUUUUUUAUGCGCUAUGUGUGUGGCUUACCACUUCCCAGCUGAGACGACGUUGCUCCUAGACGUUUCCACUUCACAAUAACAGCACUUACAGUUGACCGGGGCAGAAAUUUGACAAACUGACUAGUUGGAAAGGUGGCAUCCUAUGACGGUGCCACAUUGGAAGUCACUGAGCUCUUCAGUAUGGCCAUUCUACUGCCAAUGUUUGUCUAUGGAGAUUGCAUGGCUGUGUGCUCGAUUUUAUACACCUGUCAGCAACGGGUGUGGCUGAAAUUGCCAAAUCCACUAAUUUUGAAGGGGUGUCCACAUUCUGUGUAUGUGUAUACAGUGCAUUCGGGAAGUGUUGUUUUUUUCCGCUGACAUGAACUGUCAACUGUGGGACCUUAUAUAGACAGGUGUGUGCUUUCCAAAUCAUGUUCAAUGAAUUUAAUUUACCACAGGUGGACUCCAAUCAAGUUAUAGAAACAUCUCAUUGAUCAUUGGAAACAGAAUGCACCUGAGCUCAAUUUCAAGUCUCAUAGCAAAGGGUCUGAAUACUUAUGUAAAUGUGAUAUUUCAGUUUUUUGUUUAUAAUAAAUUAGUAAAAUGUUCUAUAAACCUGGUUUUGCUUUGUCAUUAUGGGGUAUUGUGUUUAGAUUGAGGAAAAAAACAAUUGAAUCCAUUUUAGAAUAAGGGUGUAACGUAACUAAAUGUGGAAAAAGUAAAGGGGUCUGAGUACUUUCCAAAUGCACUGUAUAUGUGUGGUUUUUAAUAUUUUUUAUUCAAUGUUUUUAAUUUUUAUAUUUUAUUUAUAUAUAUAUAUAUAUAUAUAUAUAUAUAUAUAUAUAUAUUAUAUAUAUAUACAGUACCAGUCAAAGGUUUGGACACACCUACUCAUUCCAGGGUUUUUCUUUGUUUUUUCUACAUUGUAGAAUAACAGUGAAGACAUCAAAACUAUGAAAUAACACGUAUGGAAUCAUGUAGUAACCAAAAAAGUGUUAAACAAAUCAAAAUAUAUUUUUUAUUUGAGAUAAUUCAAAUAGCCACCCUUUGCCUUGAUGACAGCUUUGCACACUCUUCUACAAUGUAGAAAAUAUUAAAAAUAAAGAUAAACCCUUGAAUGAGUAGGUGUGUCCAAACUUUUGUCUGGGAUAUAUUUUUUACGCUGUUGGGUGACCGGAAAAAAUGCCCAUGGAUUUAAAAAAUCCCUGCACACACACGCGCCCGUGUACACACAUACAUGCGCAUGUACACACACACACACACACUCUCAUAUUCAACCACAUAUACAGCAGGCAAACGUUGGUAUACAUUCAGAUUUCCUGUCUUGCCAUGCCUUAUGGGUAAUGUAGUUUCUCCUGUCUGUAUGUUGUCAGAGGGUGAUCCAGCACAAUACUCUGGAGGACCGCUCCAUCACAGACAAGCCCCAGUGGGACGCAGCCAUCCAGUUCAUGGAGGAGACCCUGCAGGCACGCCUCAAAGACAGUAGGUUAUACACCCCCACCUUUACCAUAACUUAUCCCCUGUUCUAUCAAAUGCUUUAUUUACCUCACCAGCUUUCUGGGUUAUGGUCAGAUAUGUCAGACAUUAAAAUGUCUCUCCACCUCCUCUCUCUGCUCUGUCUCUCUUACUACCACUAUCUCCGUCUGUCUUCCCAUCUUCUCUUCACACUUCCCUUCAUCACUCCUCUCGCUCUCUCUAGCUGACUCUGUGAUAAAUGACAUGGCGGGUCCUGACUGGAAACAGCGCUGGAUGAGCUGGACGAACCGCUCGCCCGAACAGCACAUCCGCAACGAAACCAAAAAGGAGCUGGAGCGCCUGCUGAAACUACAUGAGGACCACACAGCCUACCUGGCCAAUGACGAGGUCACCACCGUCCGCAAGAACCUGGAGGGCCGAGGGGUAGAUGUAGAGCCUGUCCUGGUAAGACCCUGGAGGGGUGGAUGUAGAGCCUGUCCUGGUAAGACCCUGGAGGGCUGAGGGGUGGAUGUAGAGCCUGUCCUGGUAAGACCCUGGAGGGCCGAGGGGUGGAGGUAGAGCCUGUCCUGGUAAGAACCUGGAGGGCUGAGGGGUGGAUGUAGAGCCUGUCCUGGUAAGAACCUGGAGGGCUGAGGGGUGGAUGUAGAGCCUGUCCUGGUAAGAACCUCGAGGGGUGGAGGUGGAGCCUGUUCUGUUCUGGUAAGAACCAGGGGCCUCAUUUAUCAACCGUGCGUACAUUUCUUACUAAAUUCUAGCAUACGUGGAGACGCACACAACAUAUGCGCAUGUUUGCAUAAAUAAAUUAGAGCCAUAUAUUUGUGCUGUCGUGAACGAGCACUACAACCCCGCCUGGAAAAUGCCCUCCAUUCACCUUUUUAUGGUAACACAAACACCCUUAUUUGCUGUAUGAUUUGAAGAUGUUGGAACUGGGCCAUGAUAGUUCCUAAAAGAAAGCGCAAUGGCAAAUUUGAUCACAUUUCUGUAGAGGUGUUGCAGUGACUUCUCCAAACUAAAAAUGCAUGCCGCCUAGCGAGUGCCAAACACUCGCAACGCAUUCUGCAAGAUUACCGGCCCAUUCUAUUAGUGGUGUAGUGGGAAUAAUUUAAACCAGUUAUGUCAGAAAAGGAGAGACGUCCUGCAAUAUGAUUAUGAUUUAGACCUAUAGUAUUUACUAAAAGUAAAAUGAACAUAUUAGGCGACAUGCUGCUAUGCGAUCUCCUUACCAACGGCAAAUGAUUCUGUUUUAUCAUUAGGCCUAUGUUUUAAUGUUUUUAAUAGCCUACCAUUAUUACAGUUCCUGUGCAUCAAACACCUCCCAUUUCCCCCAAACAAACUAUAAGCCAAUUUGCUUGCAAUACAGUUGAUCAACCUUCUAAAAGUUGUGCGCACCUAUGGUUUGAGAUUUGCGUGAAGAUACACACGCUUUUCCGUCAAGUUCAAAAUGGAUAAAUACCAACCUUUGCAGGUAGACUGGCGCACGCAACAUUUACAAUUUUUUUGUUCUCACACACCUUUGAUAAAUGAAGGGGGCAAUCACAGUAACAUCUCUACCUCUCUCUCUCUACCUCUCUCUCUCUCUCUCUCUUGUUGUAUCGUUAUACCUCUCUCUCUCUACCUCUCUCUCUCUCUCUACCUCUCUCUCUCUCUACCUCUCUCUCUCUCUACCUCUCUCUCUCUCUUGUUGUAUCGUUAUACCGCUCUACCUCUCUCUCUACUUCUCUCUCUUGUUGUAUCGUUAUACCUCUCUCUACCUCUCUCUCUCUCUCUCUACCUCUCUCUCUCUACUUCUCUCUCUCUACCUCUCUCUCUCUACUUCUCUCUCUCUCUCUCUCUCUCUCUCUCUCUCUUGUUGUAUCGUUAUACCUCUCUCUACCUCUCUACUUCUCUCUCUCUCUUGUUGUAUCGUUAUACCUCUCUCUACCUCUCUCUCUCUCUACUUCUCUCUCUCUCUUGUUGUAUCGUUAUACCUCUCUCUACCUCUCUCUCUCUACCUCUCUCUCUCUCUCUCUCUCGUUGUAUCGUUCUACCUCUCUCUCUCUACCUCUCUCUCUCUACCUCUCUCUCUCUCUCUCGUUGUAUCGUUCUACUCUCUCUCUCUCUACCUCUCUCUCUCUCUCUUGUUGUAUGGUUAUACCUCUCUCUACCUCUCUCUCUCUACUUCUCUCUCUCUCUCUCUUUGUAACAUAACCACACCUGUAGGGUCAAGAUAAAGUAGAGAGGGCAUGCCCUCUACUAAGAUGUUGUUGUGACAUGAGCUAUACAUUUAUAGUUGAAGUCGGAAGUUUACAUACACUUAGGUUGGAGUCAUUAAAACUCGUUUUUCAACCACGCCACAAAUUUCUUGUUAACAUGGCAAGUCGGUUAGGACAUCUAAUUUGUGCAUGACACAAGUAAUAUUUCCAACAAUUGUUUACAGACAGAUUAUUUCACUUAAAAUUCACUGUAACACAAUUCCAGUGGGUCCGAAGUUUACAUACACUAAGUUGACUGUGCCUUUAAACAGCUUGGAAAAUUCCAGAAAAUGAUGUCAUGGCUUUAGAAGCUUCUGAUAGGCUAAUUGACAUGAUUUUCGUCAAUUGGAGGUGUACCUGUGGAUGUAUUUCAAGGCCUACCUUCAAACUCAGUGCCUCUUUGCUUAACAUCAUGGGAAAAUCUAAAGAAAUCAGCCAAGACCUCAUAAAAAAAAUUGUAGACCUCCACAAGUCUGGUUCAUCCUUGGGAGCAAUUUUCAAACGCCUGAAGGUACCAUGUUCAUCUGUACAAACAAUAGUACGCAAGUAUAAACACCAUGGGACCACGCAGCCGUCAUACCGCUCAGGAAGGAGACGCGUUCUGUCUCCUAGAGAUUAACGUACUCUGGAGGACACAGGUACAAAAGUAUCUAUAUCCACAUUAAAACGAGUCCUAUAUCGACAUUACCUGAAAGGCCGCUCAGCAAGGAAGAAGCCACUGCUCCAAAACAGCCAUAAAAAAGCCAGACUACGGUUUGCAACUGCACAUGGGGACAAAGAUUGUACUUUUUGGAGAAAUGUCCUCUGGUCUGAUGAAACAAAAAUAGAACUGUUUGGCCAUAAUAACCAUCGUUAUGUUUGGAGGAAAAAGGAGGUUGCUUGCAAGCCGAAGAACACCAUCCCAACCGUGACGCACGGGGGUGGGAGCAUCAUGCUGUGGGGGUGCUUUGCUGCAGGAGGGACUGGUGCACUUCACAAAAUAGAUGGCAUCAUGAGGAAGGAAAAUUAUGUGGAUAUAUUGAAGCAACAUCUCAAGACAUCAGUCAGUAAGUUAAAGCUUGGUCGCAAAUGGGUCUUGCAAAUGGACAAUGGCCCCAGGCAUACUUCCAAAGUUGUGGCAAAAGGGCUUAAGGACAACAAAGUCAAGGUAUUGGAGUGGCCAUCAGAAAGCCCUGACCUCAAUCCUAUAGAAAAUUUGUGGGCAGAACUGAAAAAGUGUGUGCGAGCAAGGAGGCCUACAAACCUGACUCAGUUACACCAGCUCUGUCAGGAGGAAUGGGCCAAAAUUCACCCAACUUAUUGUGGGAAGCUUGUGGAAGGCUACCGACACGUUUGACCCAAGUUAAACAAUUUAAAGGCAAUGCUACCAAAUACUAAUUGAGUACAUGCAAACUUCUGACCCACUGGGAAUGUGAUGAAAGAAAUAAAAGCUGAAAUAAAUCAUUCUCUCUACUAUUAUUCUGACAUUUCACAUUCUUAAAAUAAAGUGGUGAUCAUAACUGACCUAAGACAGGAAAUGUUUACUAGGAUUAAAUGUCAGGAAUUGUGAAAAACUGAGUUUAAAUGUAUUUGGCUAAGGUGUAUGUAAACUGAGUUUAAAUGUAUUUGGCUAAGGUGUAUGUAAACUGAGUUUAAAUGUAUUUGGCUAAGGUGUAUGUAAACUGAGUUUAAAUGUAUUUGGCUAAGGUGUAUGUAAACUGAGUUUAAAUGUAUUUGGCUAAGGUGUAUGUAAACUUCCGACAUCAACUGUAUGUAUUCUGUGUUUUGACACUUUCUUCAGACUAGGGAUGGGCAUUGAAUUUGUUUUGACUGUUCGAGUAAUAACAUUAUUUUUUUCCACAAAAACAAUGAUUGAAUAUGUGCCAUUUAUCUACAAUAUAUGCCAACAGUGCACAACAAUGCCUAAUUUAUCAUAACCGGUACAGAUAACAAAUCUCAAAUGCCCAUAUAUAUUCAGUCAAUAAAAAACAAUUGUCAUUUAAUAUUAAUGUAUUGAUACUGUAAUAUCAACUGGUUAUAUUAUAUAAUUGAACAAGUUGUUCAGAAAGGCAGUAACCUCAGCAGUGGUGCUUACUUGUAGAAGCCUAUUGCUGUGCAAUGGCUUAGCCUUAUUUAGUUAAUUUAGCAGACAAGGAACUCUUAUUUCCAAAGCCCUUAUCACAGUCAAGUAGGGUUGUCUCGGUCAUGUCACGAUCGUCUGCGAGAGAGGAGGACCAAGGCGCAGCGUAAUAAGCGUACAUACUUUAUUUGUACUGAACACGACACAAAAACAAUAAACAACGAUGCGUGACGUCCUGAAGUUAUACACAACACCAACCUUAACGGAACAAAAUCCCACAAACCCGAAUGAAAAACAGACAGUUUAAAUAUGGCUCCCAAUCAGAGACAACCAACGAACAGCUGACACUCGUUGCCUCUGAUUGGGAGUCACUAAGGCAAACACAGAAAACAACAAACCAGAACCCCCAACAUAGAAACACACCACAUAGAACAAACACACCCUGGCUCAACAACUAGAGUCCCAUUGCCAGGGUGUGACAGGUCAACCGAGAGUCGUUUGUUUAAAUAUGUAUUUUUCCAUAUAGACACAUCCAAAUGAGUAGAGGGAGUCUGACUGCAAUUAAUUUGAUUGUGCUCAGACGUGCUGCGCUGUUAAAAAAAAAAAAAGACAGCAAGUGUGACUAGCACCCAUUGUCUCUCUCUCCUCCCUGAUACAGUGACCACUACAGCACUUCAACAGUGUUUAUCGCGCUGUCCAUGCUACUGAAGCUGCAACAUAAUUACAGCCAUUUCUGACUGAAAAGUUCUGUUACCGAAAUCCCUCAUUUGUUUAGGAAUAACAUUCCCUAUUCCCUCAACCCAUGCUCUCUUUACCUGACAUGUAUGCUUCACAUGCACGUGACCAAUAGGGGCUGACCUGUAGCAUAUCAUAAUCACAUCACUAAAUUGGUUAUAACAAGCUCCGACCACUGUAACACAUGUGACAACAAAAUGGAUGCAGAGGACAUGACAAAUAAACUCGCAACGGGGGAAUCUUUACUGGUUACUCAGGAGGUAAAGGGGAAGUCAGAUGUGUGGAAUAUAUUUGACUAGUUGUGGAAAAUACUGGAGUACUUUAUUUUUUAAUGAUCUAUUUUUUACUUAACACUUAUUUUUCUUAAAACUGCAUUGUUGGUUAAGGGCUUGUAAGUAAGCAUUUCACUGUAAGGUCUACACCUGUUGUAUUCGGCGCAUGUGACAAGUAAAAUUUGAUUUGAGAUCAAGACCAAGAAUGUAAGGAGCAUGCACUGCGUGCAUAUUGUGUGUGCCAAACGGGUACUGUUAGAUUACAAUAUAAUUUUUCUGACCGUUUGGAACAACGUAAACAACACUAAGUAAAUUAUAAGCGUUUUUUUUGUGUGUUCUUUUUAAAGCCUUUAUUACAGCAAAGACUAAAAACAGUCGCAUUCAUUCGUGAUAAAGUGAUUUAUUUGCAAUGAAGUGGUUUAUUUAUUGUUUACGCUAAUUAUUGAAGGGUCGCUUUAUUUUAUUUUUAAAAAUUAAAAUGCUUGAUUGCAUUUCAAAUCAUGAAUGAAUCAUAUGCAAUGUGAUGACAUGAACAAAUGAAUGAUUGAUUGAUACAGUAGCCUAUGUAAGUAUUGAAAAAUAGGCCUAAGUAAGUAACAGUUUUAAGACUAAACAGGAUGCGCUCUUAGGCCUACAGCUCGAUGGUGGUUAUACAAGGCUGCUAUAGGCUACUAGGCCUGCUAAUGAUAACGAUAUUACUUAUUAUUAUAAUAAUGAUGAUGAUAAUAGUAAUAAUAAUAGUAAUAACAAUAAUAAGGAGAUCAAGAAAAAGGAGGGUUAUUAUUACUAUAGAUAUUAUUUGUCUGACCAUUUGGAACAGUUUAAACAACAGUAAAUAAAUGAUAAGUAAUACCAGACAGGCUGUUCUAACGAGAGAAAAAGAAGUGUACAGCCUUUAUUACAGCAUAGCAAAUAUUAAAAACAGCCGAAUUUGUGAAAUUGUUUAUCAGACAUGUUGUGCUUGCGUGAGGCUUGGUGCUCACGGAAUCAGUAGGCUAUUAAACAAACAGUCAAACAGAAGCAUGAUCUGUCUUAUUUCUGUAGAUAUACAGUACCAGUCAGAAGUUUGGACACACCUACUCAUUCCAGGGUUUAUCUUUAUUUUUUACUAUUUUCUACAUUUUAGAAUAAUAGUGAAGACGUGUGUGUGUUGCACCAUUUGUUCUUACGUAUUAUAACCAUAAUAUAACCAUAUACAAUUUCAGUAGCACAUGUCUUAGACUGAUGGACUGUGCCAUCGCAAUGGUUGAGUCCACUCAGACAGGUACGAAUCAGACAGGUGUCUUAUACACCACGGGGGAAAAAAAACUUGCUACUGCUCAACUAAAGAAAUCUCGGUUGACCAACAGCCUAUCGACCAAACAAUCGACCAGUCGACUAAAUGGGGUCAGGGGUCCUACAGUCAAGACACCUAUUAUAGAGCAAAAAACAUUUUGUAAUAUAACAGAAUAAAAUAGAACCAAAUGUUUUCCCAAAUUAAAAACGUUGCCAGUGCGAAGUGAUGCGCUUCUGGAACAGUUAUUCUCAGUGACCAUUUGAAACAGGGCUUAGUUUGGCGCGUUGAAAAGAAACUUUUUCAAGGUUAUAAACCAACAUCGGUCUUCUUUUUGCUAAAGGCCUACAGACGUUCGUUUUAGUUUAUUCUGCAUGUUCUUUGGAACUUUGUAAAUGUAUUUGGCAUUUCUACAUUGAACACUGACUGUGUGGUGACGAAUUACGGCCACUACAUCUGUUUGGUGAGUAGGUCUAGGCUUAAUGAUUCUGAUGAAAAUACGCUCUUUGUCUUUAUCAAACUAAUGUUGUUGCAUAUUUUCAGUGUGAAAACCUGUAUGUUUAGGGGGGUUAUAGCCUCGGCUAACCGAUUUUUAAAUGGCACUGGCAGUUCACAAAGUAGCCCAAGUGGAAAAUAGACAUUUCCCAAACUGCAGCUGGUUGUUGCAACACAUAUUUCCCAACUUCAAUCAACCAGUCCAUUUUGAAUUAGUGAUACAACUGUUGUUGUUUGGAAAGGAAUGUAGCUUGUGUAUCCCAUCAGUGAGAGAUGUGUUUAUGCCCACCUUAUAGGCCUCUGUUUCUGUAGGCCUAACUGGAGCUUGUGUGAGAACUCGGCAUGUGAAUGUAGAGACGAGCGGUCAGAAUGUAAUUGAGUGAGUGAGACACGGAGGGGAAAUUGAAUUUAGGGAUGCUUGCCUAGGUUUCUUUUUUGUUGUGCCCCCGCAAAUGCACAUGUACGAAUGGAAUAAUAGAGUCAAAGCAAAUGAACGUUGUCUUCAAGACAAAAUGUCAUUUUUUUUGUUGGGACAAGCCACAAAGCACAUUCCACCAAAUAGUUGUACAGUAUUUGAAAAAUACUUAGGUUAAAGAUCGAGUUUUGACGUCCAUUUGAGUACUCGAGUACUCAUGCCCAUCCUUACUUCAGACAGUAAAGUAAUCAGAGUGGGAGACAAGCAAGUGGGAGAAACAGUGGGAAAGGUGAACGCGUGUAUUGAACCCGGUCUCUGUUUGGGUUGUAUAUGUGACAUGCCAGGAAAUGUUGCCACUCUGCCACAGCUCUGCAUGUCUUUUGCUUAUAAAUUGUCCCUCUCUCACACUGGUCCCCUCUUUUACUUCCUUUGUUUCUAGAUUAAGGACACGUGGCACCAGCUGUACCGACGUCACUUCCUGCAGAAGGCCCUGCAGCACUGUAACAUGUGUAGACGAGGCUUCUACUACUACCAGAGACACUUUGUUGACUCGGAGGUAAGGGACCUAGGCUCUGUGGUAAGCUGCCAGAGUUAGCUGAUGUCAGGAGGUAAGGGACCUAGGCUCUGUGGUAAGCUGCCAGAGUUAGCUGAUUUCAGGAGGUAAGGGACCUAGGCUCUGUGGUAAGCUGCCAGAGUUAGCUGAUUUCAGGAGGUAAGGGACCUGGGCUCUGUGGUAAGCUGCCAGAGUUAGCUGAUUUCAGGAGGUAAGGGACCUGGGCUCUGUGGUAAGCUGCCAGAGUUAGCUGAUUUCAGGAGGUAAGGGACCUAGGCUCUGUGGUAAGCUGCCAGAGUUAGCUGAUUUCAGGAGGUAAGGGACCUAGGCUCUGUGGUAAGCUGCCAGAGUUAGCUGAUUUCAGGAGGUAAGGGACCUAGGCUCUGUGGUAAGUUGCCAGAGUUAGCUGAUUUCAGGAGGUAAGGGACCUGGGCUCUGUGGUAAGCUGCCAGAGUUAGCUGAUUUCAGGAGGUAAGGGACCUAGGCUCUGUGGUAAGCUGCCAGAGUUAGCUGAUUUCAGGAGGUAAGGGACCUGGGCUCUGUGGUAAGCUGCCAGAGUUAGCUGAUUUCAGGAGGUAAGGGACCUAGGCUCUGUGGUAAGCUGCCAGAGUUAGCUGAUUUCAGGAGGUAAGGGACCUAGGCUCUGUGGUAAGCUGCCAGAGUUAGCUGAUUUCAGGAGGUAAGGGACCUAGGCUCUGUGGUAAGCUGCCAGAGUUAGCUGAUUUCAGGAGGUAAGGGACCUAGGCUCUGUGGUAAGCUGCCAGAGUUAGCUGAUUUCAGAGGGAAGUUAUGGACGUAGGGUUGCAGAAUUCCGGUAACUUUCCCAACGUUCUCUGGAAGAUUUCUGAAAUAUCUUGGAAUUUUGGGAAAGAUACUGGAAUUUUGUAACCCUAUAUGGACUGUAGUAAGUUGUCCAUCUACACUACCCCCUGUUAUCUCUGACUGUUGCAUGUAACUUAAUAACAUAAUAUAUGCCAACGUCUACCCCGUCUCAGUGCAUGACUAUCAUGUUUCUCUCUCACCACAGCUGGAGUGCAAUGAUGUAGUCCUGUUCUGGAGGAUUCAGAGGAUGCUGCUCAUCACAGCCAACACGCUCCGACAGCAGCUCAUCAACACAGAGGGUAGGCUGGGGCUGUGGUAUAGAUCUGGGGCUGUGGUACAGGGCUGUAUAGGCCCCUUUCAACACCAACAGAAAUACUACUUCCCUCCAGAGGAUGCUGCUAAUCACAGCCAACACGCUCCGACAGCUGCAGACUGUUAGGCUGACGAUAACUGCAGGCUAGCUACCUAGCUAGGGAGUGAUGUAUGCGUGUCUCAAUCUGACUUGCGCAAUCUCUUCAGAAUAUGUGAUUGUUGUUGAUCAGAAAAUCCUGAAAUUAAUGACAUAGUGGCCACUGUCUUUUUGAUAUUAGAUUAGUUUGGUCAACCUUUGAAAGCCGAAGUAACGUUAGCGACCUUGUAAACAAAUGCGCCGCCAUGUUGGCGGAAGUUGUUACCCAUCUAGCCUUGACUGAAAGUGGCAUUUCCGGCACUGUGGAAAGGGGUUGGAUAUAGGGAUGGGGCAGGAGUAUUUGGCCAGGCUGGAGUGGGCUGAGUCGUUCUACUGAGUUGGGCUGAAUCUGGGCUUGGCUGGGAUGAACCAGCCAUGGUCAAUAUUACUGUCAUGUAGCAUUCACCCUCUUAGUCUGCUAACUGCCAAGCCCUCAUCAGAGCAUACAUGCAGGCAGCUACCGUGAUAUUUUUUCCAUGGCAAAAAUGAAAACACGAAGCAGACCAAACUCUUUGGUCCUUUAGAAACUUGUAAAAUAUUGUGUGCUAUAGCUUGGAAAAUAAAUAAAUGUGGCUAUGGAUGAGAACAUAAUGAUGUUUGUUUCCAACAUUAGGGCUGUUUUCCUAAAGAAGUUAACCCGCUUUUGUUUCCUGGCCACGAUACUAACGCGUAUCGCCAUACUGGUAACGUCUCUGCCCUUUUUAUAGCUCCUAACUGGUUCAAAUGAGAGAAAAGGUUAAUAGUCUGAGUCAUAGUUUGAUUGGAGAACGUCUGCCCUCUGUCUGCCCUCUGUCUGACCCUGUCUGCCCUCUGUCUGCCCUCUGUCUGCCCUCUGUCUGCCCUCUGUCUGCCCUCUGUCUGCCCUCUGUCUGCCCUCUGUCUGCCCUCUGUCUGCCCUCUGUCUGCCCUCUGUCUGACCCUGUCUGCCCUCUGUCUGCCCUCUGUCUGCCCUCUGUCUGCCCCUGUCUGCCCCUGUCUGCCCUCUGUCUGCCCUCUGUCUGACCCUGUCUGCCCCUGUCUGCCCCUGUCUGCCCUCUGUCUGCCCUCUGUCUGACCCUGUCUGAGUGAGCUGAGCUACUGUGUCCUGGGGAGCAGUUAGCAGACACAGUAUAAUUACUGCCUGUGUCCCAAAUGUACCCUAUUCCUACGUAGUGCACUACUUUUGCCCGGGCCCAUAGGGUGCCAUUUGGGGCUCUGAUACUGCCACACUGAAGCACUGGGGUCCUGUCUGGGGUCCUGUCUGGGGUCCUGUCUGGGGUCCUGUCUGGGGUCCUGUCUGGGGUCCUGUCUGGGGGCCUGUCUGGGGGCCUGUCUGGGGUCCUGUCUGGGGGCCUGUCUGGGGGCCUGUCUGGGGGCCUGUCUAGAGGUCUGUGUUCCCUUUGUCUUUGAUUUCUGACAUUUUGUGUGUGUGUGUGCCUGUGUGUGGUUGUGUGUUUUGUGUUUGCACACUCAGUACGGCGCCUGGAGAAGAACGUGAAGGAAGUGCUGGAGGACUUUGGCGAGGACAACGAGAGGAAGGUCCACCUUAUCACCGGACGCAGAGUACAGCUGGCAGAAGACCUUAGUGAGUUGCCUAAACACACACACUGGCUACACAAAUAUACACACACACUUGGCUAUACACACACACACACACACACACACACACACACACUUGGCUACACACACACACACACACUUGGCUAUACACACACACACACACACACACACACACAGAGAGACUACGUUACACCCAUUUGGGUUUAACAAGAAUGGUAAAGUCACAUUUGGGUUUAACCAGAAUGGUAACGUUACAGUCACAUUUGGGUUUAACCAGAAUGGUAACGUUACAGUCACAUUUGGGUUUAACCAGAAUGGUAACGUUACAGUCACAUUUGGGUUUAACCAGAAUGGUAACGUUACAGUCACAUUUGGGUUUAACCAGAAUGGUAACGUUACAGUCACAUUUGGGUUUAACCAGAAUGGUAACGUUACAGUCACAUUUGGGUUUAACCAGAAUGGUAACGUUACAGUCACAUUUGGGUUUAACCAGAAUGGUAACGUUACAGUCACAUUUGGGUUUAACCAGAAUGGUAACGUUACAGUCACAUUUGGGUUUAACCAGAAUGGUAACGUUACAGUCACAUUUGGGUUUAACCAGAAUGGUAACGUUACAGUCACAUUUGGGUUUAACCAGAAUGGUAACGUUACAGUCACAUUUGGGUUUAACCAGAAUGGUAACGUUACAGUCACAUUUGGGUUUAACCAGAAUGGUAACGUUACAGUCACAUUUGGGUUUAACCAGAAUGGUAACGUUACAGUCACAUUUGGGUUUAACCAGAAUGGUAACGUUACAGUCACAUUUGGGUUUAACCAGAAUGGUAACGUUACAGUCACAUUUGGGUUUAACCAGAAUGGUAACGUUACAGUCACAUUUGGGUUUAACCAGAAUGGUAACGUUACAGUCACAUUUGGGUUUAACCAGAAUGGUAACGUUAGUCAUAUUUGGGUUUAACCAGAAUGGUAACGUUAGUCACAUUUGGGUUUAACCAGAAUGGUAACGUUACAGUCACAUUUGGGUUUAACCAGAAUGGUAACGUUACAGUCACAUUUGGGUUUAACCAGAAUGGUAACGUUACAGUCACAUUUGUACUGGUCCCUCCUGCUUAUGCCUUACUUAAGCAAUAAUGCCCGAGGGGAUGUGGUAUAUGGCCAAUAUACCAUGGCUUAGGGCUGUUCUUUGGGACGACGCAACACGGAGUGCCUGGAUACAGCCCUUAGAAGUGGUAUAUUGGCCAUAUACCACAAACCCCUGAGGUGCCUUAUUGCUAUUAUAAACUGGUUACCAACGUAAUUAGAGCAGUACAAAUAAAUGUUUUGUCAUACCCGUGGUUCUGAUAUACCACAGCUUUCAGCCAAUCAGCAUUCAGGGCUCGAACAGCCCAGUUUAUAAUAGUGAAUAGAUCACUACCUAUAUUAUGGUGAUAAUAGAUCACUUAUAUUAAAGUGAUAAUAUGAGGAACAACAGAGAUUUUUCUGCAGACAAACGUUGUUUUGAAAUUGAUGGAGUCGGCUGUCAGUUUUCUUUUAGCCGAUUUGACUGCACUGUAAGUUGUGUGUGGUUAGUGCAAUAUACCUGAUGCCACUAGAUGGCAGUGGUGAUUUGUAUUUGUAUUUAUUUGUAUUUGUUAUGGAUCCCAUGGGGGUCCAGCAAAAUUAAGGCAGUUAUACAUUGUUUAAAACAUUACAAUACAUUCAUAACAGAUUCCACAACAUACUAAGUGUGUGCCCUCAGGCCUCUACUCUAUCUUCAACACAAAUACGCACUAUACACGUGUGUGUGUAUAGUGCGUAUUUUAUUGUACGUUUGUAUGCAUGUGUCUGUGCCAAUGUUUGUGUUGCUUCACAGUCCCCGCUGUUCCAUAAGGUGUUUUUGCAUCUGUUUUUUAAAUCUAAUUUUACUGCUUGCAUGAGUUACUUGAUGUGGAAUGGAGUUCCAUGUAGUCAUGGUUACCAUGAAGAAAAGGUGAAGUCAUCACUCAUUGGAAAGGGUUGAGUGGAUCUCUCUCUCCUGUUUCUGUUACUGCUCAGAUUGACAGCUGCUCAGAAGGGGAUGUCUGCUUUUUAUUUAUAUUUAUUUAACUAGGCAAGUCAGUUAAGAACAAAUAGUUAUUUCCAAUGACGGCCGACCAGAAGGCAAAAGGCCUCCUGCUGGGACGCCGUGACCUCUUGGACACUGGCUGACCACUGGACGGCUUAUUUAGCUGUAGCCUAUAACCCCACCUCCCACACGCGUGUGCCUUCCAUUGGGAAAGAGACACAUUCUCUGCUUCAAGAAACACACGUUCUCUCUCUCUCUCUCUCUCUCUCUCUCUCUCUCUCUCUCUCUGUCUCUCUCUCUGUCUCUCUCUCUGUCUCUCUAUCCAUGA